UUUGGGCCACAAAUUCAGAUUAAGGAAUUCACAAAGUAGGAAUCUAGGAUCCAGACCUGAAGCAUUACAUCACUAAAUUUGGUACUUGGUUGAUAAAACACUCACGCUGUCCUGUCUGGCUCUUGCAGUUGACAUCGUUUUCUGCCAGCAUUUUUUCUGUCAGUCUUUUUGAGCCGAUCAUAUGUGACACCAUUAGUCAACAGCUUUUUAUGUCUGGAGACUCUUCUGUCUGUUUCUGUGGCAAAGUAACUGAAGACACUUUUGUUGAAUGUAUUUAGUCUGCGAGACAAAACAUCUCACCGGAGUCAACAAAAACUCUCCCUGUUUGCUAACCUGAGCCUCCUAGAUACUUUCAGGGCUGACUUACCUUAAAUGACACCCUUCCAGCUGACGUGAGGAAACCUGCUGGAUUUGUUUACUUCUUCUUCUGGAGAAUAGAUCUGAGUGUCAAAGUCCAGAGCACAACUUAUAAAAAAAAUCCAUGUGUUUGUACACAUACCUGACCAGUAAAGUCAAUUUCCAUUCCCCAUCCUUUCAUUAUAAUAUUCUGUUUUUUAGACUUUAACCAUUAUGUAUUUAUAUAGUUCCAUUAUUUGCAUUUUGGUUUAUAAUCUGCAGAGAAUUGUAAGGUCCAAAAACAGGCAAUGUAUAAAACAUGAACAGAGUCUCAGUGAUGUCUCCCAUUGAUUUCCAAAGAGAGGGUCAUGAGGCACAUAGAUGGCAGUUACCAUGUUGGUAAUGCUGCUUCCACCUAACUUCUAAUUAAUCUAGACUGAGGCAAAGAGGUGAAAUUAAUCCCACAUAAACAGAUUUGAUUUUAUCCUCUACCAAACUGCAUUCUGGGGGAUUUGAUAUUUUACAACUCAAUAGUUUUUAAGGUAUUAAACAUAGACUGUAUAUAGAAUGGACGCCGUCUGCCUCCUCGCCGGGUGAAACCACCAGUUGUGGGCAAACUUUAGAAAUUUAAUACACAGAAUAUCAAUUUUUCUCCCCCCUGCUUGCGAUGUUGACGUGUAGUUACAGUAAGACUGGUUUGUGCUCAAGUCCUCUUUUUUCUGUACAGCUCCAUUUUUUAAAGUUAUUAGGGGGUUCAUGUUUUCUAUGAUUGACACUUGAUAAAGCCUAUUGGUGUACAAGGAUUGCGUAGCUCACCUGGGGAUACACUGUUUGAGCCGAGCGUCAUUACAGAAACUCUCUGUGACUCCCCUGCCAAAUGCAUACAAUGCUGCUGUGCCAGUGAUGAAAUGCAUACAACGCUACUGUGCAAGUGGUGGUUCCAGGAAGUGGAGAAAAUCCCCAAAAUACCGAGAGCAAUUGGGCUUCAGAUUUGUAAAAUGACGGAAGACGGAGCCAACUUGACCAUAGUAUAUACAGUCUGUGGUAUUAAAGCUACUGCAAGGAACUUUUUGGUUUGUGUCAAGUACUGUGCCACCUGUCUUUGCUAAUCUUGUCCUCUACAUGUGUAAACAGUGUCGUAUGACAGAAAAAACUUUGAUACAGCUCUUGCCUGAUAAUUCUGAGUGGGCUGAAGCAAUCAUGAAUGUCUAUAUAUAAACAUAAUAACUUUGCAUUACUUUGAAUUUUAUUUUUAUGUUAUAAAAAAUGUUAUGAAAUCAAUCUGAGCAGGCCUGCAAGGCUAAAAUAUCAGUGCUGCACUUCAGUCGGUUUGAAGGAAAGUUCUGUGAAUUCUUGAUAAAGGAUGAGAGAUGAUUUGUAUUGCAUAUUAACCUGCCUGUUAGGGUCAGGUAAACCCUAACCCUAACUGAUUUGUGAUUUUUGUGUACCUUUACACCCCUAAUAUUUAUUUAUGUUCCUAAUUGCCACAUAAAUCCCAUUUCUUCUGUUUAAAAGUCUUCUUGCGUUUAGUCUGCUGAAGUUUCUCUAAUUUAACUGAUGCUAUACUUCAUGGAAACCUCGACACUAGUCUUCACAUGCUGGGCUGUGUGCGCGUAAACUUCAGCGCGCGUCCGUGAGUUAGUGUGUGUAUGUGUUUAUGCCCUGUGAUAAAGCUGUAGACUUUAGGACCUCGCGGAAACUUUCUCUCCACUGUGGCAGCCACUGCAGCGCGUGAGAGAGCAAGCAGGCCGAUGGUGAAGGAGAGAGAGAGAGAGGAGCAGGCGGGGGAGCGCGAGCCAGCAGCGGAGAGAGAAGACCCGGUAGAGCGCAAGGAGGGAGAGAGAGAGGGAGAGGGAGAGAGAGAGAGAGAGUGAGUGAGAGAGAAAGAGAGAGAGAGAUCAAGAGUGAACGAGAGGAGAGAGAGCAACGACCAUCAGGGUCCGUGUGCCUGAGGGACGGACGACACGGUAAAUAUAAACAUUACAUUUUGGCUCGUGAACGCACACCGGCACUCGUUACUACCGUUAAGCUACCGACAGUCAUCUCCUAAAGUCAUCUCUCGCGCGCUCCGGAGCCAAACCGUGGGUUCCGUUCCAGCAGAUGAUGUGCGCGUGAAGACGGAGCGGUACGUACACGGGGCGAGCGAACUUGGUGAGUUCUUUUGUAUGUUUGGAGGAAAAUCACGGCGACCGGACGCGCGUUAUUUAACGGAUGUGUGUUAAUCACUGUCCGGUGAGGCGUACAGCCCACCUACCACCUUCAACCCAUUCCAACGCCAGCAGGUAACGUUAAACCGGAGCGCACCGUCCCCUUCACCUACCAGAUGCAGACAGACACAUCAGCGCGCGGAACCGUCGCCUCAGCGGAGCGAGAGCGGGCGAGCGGGAGCGCGCCUGCCGGGGUUACUGAGUGCAUUCGGUCUGAAACGCGCCCCCGUGUGUGUUUUUUACCUGACCCAGUAAAGCUCAUCGUUGCUACACACUCAGACACGUGUCUCUCACCGGCAGCCCGCCCCACACACACCCCCGCCGGGAUUAUACGCCGUUUAAAGGGAGGCCGUCCGGUAAAGGCCGCGUGAGGUCGCUCCCAAUAUUAAUUGCCAUAAAGCUGAGCUGUGUCGUGUAAGCAGGAAUGACUACGACAUAUCCGAUGGAGGCUUUAAAAAUAAAAGUCCUAUUUUAAAAACUCAAAGACACCCCUAAAAUUCAAACUGUUUGCCAUAAACAAACAAUUCCAAGCAACUUGAACAAAAAUAUAUAUCACUCAAUUAGUAAAUGAAUAUCCUUAUGCUUGCAUUAUACAUGGAGUAAAAUUUGGAAAGUUUUCUUUUGUAGAAAUUAUUUUAUUGAUAUCACAGUUUUCAAAAUCAAGUUACAAUGUACCCAACAAUUUAGAGGAGUUAUAAUAAAAUUAAGCAAAGCAGCUAACAGGCGUAGUUGGAGAAGACCAUAUAAAGAAAUUUAAUCCAAAUAAAUAACUACUUACAGUAUAUUUUUUAAAAAAAAAAGGAUUUAAUACUUGAAUAAUGACCUAAGGCUUCAGACACACACAACAAACUAAUGCAAACUAAUGAUCAAGGGAAAGAUAGAGCUGAGUUAAGAAAUGUAAAAGAGGAAACUGUGUUUGCCUAAAUGAAACCCUGCAAACACUCAGUGACCUCUUGUAACCAAUCUAGAUCUAGGAACCAUGAGAAAGAUCAUACAGUAGGACCUCAACAGCAGUCAGGCUCAUGGGGCUUAGCUGAUCAGAAUCGUUUCAAUUUAGUUCAAAAUGAAAUCCAAGUCUUUCCUGUUUGUAUUUCUAAAAGUCCUAAAAUUAAGCUGUUCAAUGAAAUGUCAAUGAUUAUUUCUCAUUGUCUCCCAAAAUAUGGCUUCAGGAGUUGACCAGUUAUCAUAUCUUUCAAUCCUCUGUCUUAACAAACUGUCACAGCUCGUAGCAUGUUGUGAUGUUAGCUAAAGUCCUAGUCAUUAAGGACAAUGAGGUCAUACCCUUCUUUAGUAACCUGAGCCAAGUUUCCAUUACAUAAUCAAGAAAACCAUCACAUGCUGCACUUAUCUGUGCUUGUUCUAUUAUUUUUACACCCAGUUUUUCCCACUCUUUUCAGAAAUUAAUGAAAAAAACAUUCACUUACCUCCUUGUAGGUGUUUUAAAUAAAAAAAAAAAUUGCUGAGAUUUGACAAAAUGUAUGAGCAAACAUUAUGGUGAAUGUUUGAACACUAUUUUGUGACAACUGGACUGAGGACCUGAGAUGACCUUGAUUUAAAAAAAAAAAAAAAUCUUGUUUUAUUCUAUAAGGUUUCUCCUCUCUUGAUUUUCUUUUUUCUUUUUCUUUUUUCAAAUGACAUGUACAAAGUUAAAGUGUAAAAGAAUAGAAAAGUGUGAAGUUGGAUCAUCCAGUUUAGAAAAUGAAGGUUAUCUGCUGUGAAAGUCAUACUGCUUUUACUCAAAUGCAACUAUUUUGCCUGUUAGUUUGGAAGUCAUGUAUAUUGAUGUAAUUAGGUAUAAUUUUUCUUCAGAAAAGGAAAGCAGUUGUGACAGCAUGACACAAAAAGGAGAUGAGAAGAGGAAAAAGGAUGGAUUUUUAAAUAUGAAAUCAUGUGUUUCAUGCUUUUAUUGUGAAGACAAGCCCUCUAAUUUCCUGUCUUGUCCCUGCCAAACUUUCGCCACCUUGACAGCUUGUGAAGCUUUUUCUCUGCGCAACCAUUUCUCUUCGCCCUGUUACAGGCUUCACUUUGGGCUGUUGGCUCUGUAUUGAUUUAAAAAAAAAAAAAACUUCGGCAUGAAAUCUGAAACAAUUUAAAUGAGUUCAUAUAGACCCUCCAUAGGAGUGUGAGGUGAGUGUGUGACCUAAAUACUCUGAACUUGGAGGAGUUGUUUGGCCUGGAGCCUGAAGCUUGUGCAGGGAGCCCCCGGGGGUGUGGGGUGGAUACUGUACGCCCAUUUCUGUAAAAUUUCCACCCCUGUCUUUCCGCUGGUAACCCUGGCAAGCUGCCUGUUGUCCUCCCAGUAGACGAUGUAAGGCCACAGCAUGAGGAGUGACAUACUGUACAAUACAUUUUGAGGAAAGCCAGACAUAUUUGCUGCACUCUCACGCUGUGCUCAAAUCCAAAUCACUGCUGGGAUCCAAUUUUCUUUUAGGCACAUGCAAACGUUGCAUUUGGCUCCUUUUGUGUUCAGAGUGGGAUCAGUAUCUUGACACCACUCGGGACAAGUUGGACCCCUGAAUUGACUCACAAAACAUAGAGUUAGAAAAACUUUGCACCCGCAAUGCUGGAGUGGAAGUUAACUAGAGUUUUUUCUGUCCUAUUAAUGAAGUCAUUCAUGAGACAAUUUGUAGUGCUAAUGUGCAGCUGAGCAAGACCAUGGGAGACAAGUUCGUUUAUUUCUGAUUUGCCAAGGUCUAGCCUUUGGCUCAAUCACUGAUCAUACAAAAUAAUGAACUAAGAAUUAUUGUGUGUCAGUUUGUGGAGAUUUUACUAGCUGCAAACUUGUUCUGGAGUGUGCACCACCAAAAGAAAAGAAGUUAAAACUUUUGUGCUUUUCGGUCAUUAUUAAAGAGCUUUUCAACCGAUAAAUUAUGGCCACUGAUGCCUCCAUGCCCCAUCCUAUCAUACAUGACAUUGUGCAGGUGGAGCCAAGGCAUGCACUUGUGAAGCUGUGGCAUGAAUGUCAAACCCUUCUAGCUCACCCGUAGGGGCUUUCAACUGUUUGUCAAAGACCCCUGAGGUUGAUACAGUCUACAGCAGAACAAAUACUGAGUGACAGUUUGGUGACUCUUGUGUUAGUGUUUGGUCCUUUUUCUUUUGCCAUCCCUCCUCUGCUCAGCUGAUUGGUCCAGAAUGCUACAAGAGAUUUAAACAAAGUUUAACAUCCGAAUUACCUCCUCUUUGGUUGUAAUUCAGCAUGAUAAAAACUGACCAAAAUGACUGAAAGCAUGUUUGAAAACAAUUUAUUUGACCUGCCUUUCAGUUUUACCGUUUGACCCAUGUUCCAUCUGUAAAGAUGUGGGAAGAGGGGUUUAUGACCUUUACUGCAGCCAGUCAUUGGGGCAAUAGCAAAUGUUUCUAGAGGUGAUAGCUGCAGUUUUUAGGACUACAAUUCUAGGGCUGCAGUUUUUUUUAGGACUCUUGUGUUGUCGUGAAAGUCAUGGUUAAGGUAGGGGUAAAGGUUAGGAUUACAGUCAGACAUCAGAAAUGGUUACUUUAAAUAUUAUUGCACGCUAAAAAUGCUGGGUUGGCUUGGGCAAGCACUAGGUGAUGCCGUUGGAAACAAGAAUUGGUUUGAAUUGGUGGUUUCAGAAAUGCGGUUCUGCAGCCUCUGGAUCUGCAGACACAUGCUGCUUAUUUUGGCUUCACCAUCCGUGAACACUUCUGGCGUCCAUUUAAAUAAACAGUCUGUGGUAGUGGUGUCAUUCAAAUUUCUCCCUUGAGUAAUUUAAUGUGUACUGUUGCUAAUUUGCAAAAGAUGUUAUUUUGCACAUUUUUGCUAUCAGUGUCACCUUGCAUUAAUCUGCAUUCGUUUGCAUUGUUGCAGUGACUAUAUAAGUCAUCAAAUGUAGGGAAAAUACAGAUUGUCUUUUUUGCCCUCCCUUUAACUGAAGUUAAGUUGUCCAAAUUAUUUUGCGUUGUGUCAUCAGCUGAUUUUGUGCCUACAUGGUACAUACUCAUAUCAUCAAUUGGAUUUCUCACACUGGCAGAUCUCUUUACACUCCAGUGGUGAUGGUGGGUUUCUCUGGCUCAAAUGAAAAGAAGCUGUUAUUUGCAGCCUGCAGUGUGUGUCCCUAAUGGGUAGUUUAGUGUUACAUGAUACUUACAUGUUCAAAGGGAGUGGGAGGAACCAGAGUCAUUGCUAAAUGUUGCUCUAGGGCCUCUGAAUGGCUUAAUCCGGCCCUGCAUAGCUGUAAUACUUUUGCCUCUGUGCUACCAGAUAGUUCCACGCUUUCUUGAAUGGCCUCUAAAUCAGUUUGAUUCCACACUUUUUGAUAACCUGAGAUGUCAGACAAGAAAUCUGCUGUUACCGUUGUCUCAUCAUUGUUUUGUACAUCAGAAUUCCCUACGGUGUAUUUUUGUCAACUAGUCACAACCACUAAAUAUCUGCGAGUUGUUUGAAUGUCAGACAAAUCCAGUGAGCACAAAACUGAUUCAUGUGAUAAUCAAUACACUUGUCUAAAUCUGAAAGUGCACAGUGGCGGGGAACAAGCAGGUGUUAUAUUUUAUGUCUUUGCCUGACAGAUUGUGUGAUAUGUUGUGGUUGAAGGCAUCAUUCAGUCUGCACACAGAUAAGAUUUGUUUCUAAAUCUAGAUUUUUAAGAAAGACUACUUUUAUUCAUCACAUCCUGCUUGUAUGUCUACAUAUCACAGUUAUCCUAUGUGUUGUUUUGCUGUUCAGGAAUCCUAAAAUCAAUGUGAAUACAAUCAGGAUGUGCACUAAGACACCUAGGGCUGAUAGCCAAGGCUUAGGUUGAAUUUAGUUUAAGGUGGAGGGAAUCUGAUUAGUCACAGUAACAUUAAAAUGAUACGUAACCAUCUCCAGACGUUCAGCUUGCAUUUUUCGAUCUCUCUAACUGCAAGUGUCAAAAUCUGUUUCCCUUUUCUAGUAAUUUGACAUGUAAUCAGACUCAGAACAGAGCAAACUGUGAUGAUUUGAAUCAAUAACCACCCUCUAUGUGACAAUAGGCUUCCCAUUGUAAUCUUCAGCCUCUCCGUUUGCCUAAGGGGUUCACACAUUGUAUGAAUACAAUAAUAGUAUUCAUAAUAAUAAUAUUAAUUAUAUAUAUAUAUAUAUAUAUAUAUAUAUAUAUAUAUAUAUAUAUAUAUAUAUAUAUAAUAUAUAUAAUAGAACAUAAUAAUAUUCAAAAUAUAUAUAUAUAUUCAAUAUAUGCAUAUAUAUAGUAUUCAUCAUAAUAAUAAUAUUAAUACUAUUUAUUAUUAUUAUUAUUAUAUACACACACACACACACACACAUAUAUAUAUAUAUAUAUAUAUAUAUAUAUAUAUAUAUAUAUAUAUUUAUAUACUUCUACAACUUCUGUAGAGACACAGUUAUACCCACAAAUACUGUUUGCUGUUUCCCCAACAACAAACCCUGGAUCACAAGUGACAUAAAAGCAAUCCUUCACCAGAAAAAGAAAGCCUUUAAAGAUGGUGACAAAGAACAGCUCAAACAAGUGCAACAAGAGUUGAAGAGGAGACUGAAGAUGGCAAAGCUGGAGUACAAAAAGAAGAUAGAGAAGAAUCUACAACACAGCAACAUCCGUGAAGUGUGGAGAGGAAUCAGUACCAUCUAUGGACACAGCAAUAAAAAGAAAAGACAGCCAGUGGUGGGUCAUGUGAAAAGAGCUGAUGAACUCAACCUGUUCUUCAACAGAUUUGACAAUGCUGUCACACCCACUUCCACUGCUACUCCACCUUCCUCUCCACAACAAAUCUCCACUACAACUUCUCCCCUUCCUCCUCCAUCUCGUUCAAAUGUCUCAACUACUUCAACUACCUCCCUCCUAGAACACCAGUCCUUGUCUGUCACCGAAACAGGGGUGAGGAUGGAGCUUGGAAGACUUUGUCCUGGGAAGGCAGCAGGUCCAGAUGGUGUGUGUCCAAGGCUGCUUAGAGACUGUGCUGCAGAACUGUGUCAACCUCUCCACAAGAUCUUCAACCUGAGUCUACAGCUGGGGCGGGUACCUGCUCUGUGGAAAACAUCCUGCAUUGUGCCAGUACCAAAAACAAAAUGUCCUGCUGAACUCAAUGACUAUAGACCAGUGGCCCUCACUUCACACAUCAUGAAAACCCCGGAGCUGCUGAUUCUACGCCUUCUGAGGUCUGAGGUCAAAGACAAACUGGACUCCCUGCAGUUUGCGUACAAAGAACACAUUGGAGUGGAUGAUGCUGUCCUCUACAUGCUUCACUGUGCCCUGUCUCAUCUGGAGGAACCCGAGGUUUAUGUGAGGAUCAUGUUCUUCGACUUUUCAAGUCCAUUCAACACCAUCCACCCCACCAUACUCAAAGACAAGGUCACAGAGAUGGGAGUGGAUCCUUCCUGUGUUUCCUGGAUCUCAGAUUGCCUGACUGGAAGGCCACAGUUUGUCAGGCUGGAGAACUGUGUUUCUGGGACAUUAAUGAGCAGUACAGGGGCUCCACAAGGGAGAGUGCUGGCGCCAUUCCUGUUCACACUGUACACGUCAGACUUCAAAUACAGUACUGAGUCCUGCCUGAUCCAGAAAUACUCAGAUGACACCGCUAUUGUGGCAUGUAUCAGGAAUGGACAAGAAGCUGAAUACAGAGAUCUAAUAAGAGCCUUCAGUGACUGGAGUCACAAAAACUGCCUCCUCCUCAACACCUCAAAGACAAAGGAGAUGGUCAUAGACUUCCGUAGAUCCAAACCCUCUCUUCAGCCAGUGAACACCUGUAGAGUGGACAUCAAAGUGUACAUCUGGAUAAUAAGUUGGAUUGGUCUAAGAAUAUACACUACAUCUACAGAAAGGGGCAGAGCCGCCUCUUUUGCCUGAGAAGACUCCGAUCAAUAGACAUCUGUAGUAAGACGCUGCAGAUGUUUUAUCAGUCUGUGGUGGCAAGUGUUCUGUUCUACGCUGCAGCCUGCUGGGGAGAAAGCAUCAAACACAAAGAUGCAAGACGUCUUAACAAACUGGUGAAAAAGGCUGGCUCUGUGGUAGGACUCAAGCUGGACUCAAUGGAGGAUGUGGUGGAGAGAUCUACACUGAGGAAGGUGGAGACUAUUCUCAAGAACAUGGAUCACCCACUUCACAACACCUUCAUGGACCAAAGGGCCAAUGGUGGUGGACGGCUCCUCUCUCUUCACUGCAGGACAGAAAGAUUUAGAAGAUCUUUUGUACAGCCAUCAGGCUUAUAACUCUUAUGUAAAUAAUUGAUAACUUUUAUAGACAAAUUACGCGAGACAAGAGACAAUUUAAUUUCCCUUCGGGGAUCAAUAAAGUUCUUCUUCUUCUUCUUCUUCUUCUUCAUAUAUGUGAGCCUAUCAGCAGGGAAUAAGGUGUUUUGUUAGUAUCUGUUUGCCAGUCUUUGGUAAACGCCCUCUAAAAGUCUCAAAAGUUUAUGUUCUCCCAAAACAGCCAGGAAAAGAAAUUGGCAGAGUAAAUCACAUACUCAGUCAGAACUUGUUGAUUUGUUACGAAUCCACCCCUGAGCCACUUCUGACGUCUGGCACAGACCUGCUGUUGUUGUUGACAGUUGUAUGGGGUCAACCGGAAACAGCGCAGCUGAAAAGACCUAUAUCGCCCCCUAGUUUUGGGGAGGAGGACAUAUUCACGUCAAUAAUUUGAUUUUCUCAGCUGCAUGUAUAUGUGGACAAGGAGAGAACUCAGAUUCUUAAAAAAAAAGAAUUAUGAGCCUAGUCCGAUUAAGCUGUGCAUGUAAACGUAGUGAACCAUCCUUUCGCCUACUCGACGGCGUACAAAAAUCCUGCAUGAUGAACUGAAGGUUUCAAAUUUUGAUUAAUCAGUCCAUAACACCUUCCUCCAGUCUUCAGUAGUCCAUUGGUGGUGUUUCGUGGCCCAGGCAAGCCUCUUUUUCUUAUUCUGAAGUCUCAGCAGUGGCUUUCUUGCUGCAACUCGACCCAUUAAACCUGCAACCAGACACUAAACACUUGAGUCCAAGACAGAUUUUCUCCAGGAGGCAGUAAAGUGUAUCGUAUCCUAUCAUGUCAUAUCAUAUCAUAUCAUAUCAUAUCAUAUCAUAUCAUAUCAUAUCAUAUCAUAUCAUAUCAUAUCAUAUCUCAUGUAUCAUAUCAUAUCAUAUCAUAUCAUAUCAUGUCAUGUCAUAUCAUAUCAUAUAUCAUAUUGUGUCGGGUCAUAUCAUGUCUCAUAGCCUCGUAUCGUAUCCUUUUGUCUCAUGUUGUAUCAGGUCAUAUCGCCUCUUACCGUAUCGUAUCGUAUCACCUUACAAAUUCAAGAAUACAACCUCAAACCUUUCAGAUGCCUGGUUUUAGUCAAAUUAAUCAGCUUGUUUAGGUGAAAACACUAGAUUGUGGAUUGUGGUAGCUUUAAAUUUAGCUUAAAAUAUACCAAGGAAACAGAGUUGUGUGUUUUUUCCCUUGUCUUUGUUCCCUUUAAUGUCUGGGGGGUAAUGUGAGUUUUGCUUUAUCUCUAAAUCAUUAGAAACAAAUUAAUCUGGGUCAAGUGGACAUGACCCAGACUGAUAUUUAAAAAAUACAGCACUAAUAUGUUAGUAUUCCUGCUUAGAAUUUACAUAUUGGCCACAUUCAGCUUUGGUAUCUAGUCUGUUGCUCCUUUGUCUAAUGAAGUGGGACAGUUUUAUCUACCUGCAUCAAUCACAUAGUGACAGCUGUGAUGAAAACUGCCCCGAUUCCAGCAGAUUCCUCUGAGGACACCUGCAUAUAUGCGUCUGUAUAUACGUGUUAACCUGCUCUGAAAUGGAAUAUUUUCAGUGGUACCAUCCAUCAUGUACAAUCAGAGCCACACACACAGACACCUGUUUGAACAGUGUGACCUUGGGGCAAAAGGUGUGUGGGUGUGCAACAGGAUGAGUGAAUGAGGGCUAGAAAAAGAAGACACCAACCACAUAAUUUCUUACUUAAAGACUUAUAACUUAUUACUUAAAAACUUAUUUUUCUCCCACUGUAAUCCACUCACGUCAGGCUGUGUGUGUGUGUGUUUUGUUUUUGCCUUCUCAGGAGAGCGGGGAGACUGAAUGAACGAUUGAUUGUCCAACCAACCGACCGACAGACUGACAGUCAGACAGACUGAAUGAAGCUGCACCUGGUGCUUCUGAGGGCUUUUCCCAUGUGUUGAUUUGCUCCAUUUUUUUUUUACAUUACAAACGUGGUUUCGCCGAGCCCAUCCCGUCAUGCCGUCCAACAGUCCUGCUGUAGCCGAGCCGCCCCAGACACCAGAGAACGACACCAUCAAUGACGUGGUAAGAGAGCCUGAUUCCUCUUUUAUACCCAGUUAUGAAUCACUACCACUGCUGACCACACUUGUACAGCUAUACAAUCUAUUGCACAAGCACCAUAACUAAUGCUUUAAUAAAGAAAUAAUAUGAUUAAAAAAGUUCCUCAUUUGAGUAAACCACAAAAAGAGUGUUGCUCUUCACAUUUUUAUGAGGUAGAAAACCUUAACAUGUUAAAUAUAAAGUCUUUCAAAACAAUGCCACUUUGCAUCAUUGGAGUUUUUACAAAACGGAAGCCCAAAGAUAAAAAGCCCAAAGAUAAAAAAACUCAGUGACGAUAAAUUUUUCAGGUCACAUGACUGUGAUCAUGUAUUUACUGCAAGUUUGGCCACCAUCUGCCAAAUGCAAAAAAGUGUCUAAAUUUCUUGACUUAUUGAUGUGCAUUUAGGAGAACGACUUUUAUAAUUGAAUGUAUUUGAUCAUAUUUCAUAAAGAUGGUGCAAUUAAACUGAGCUUGAACAUCGUUUGCUGCAGGGAGAUCUUAGCUCUUGUAUACUUAUGUUUUAGAUUGUAGUUGUGCCUUUUGUGUAAUUACUUCACAUUUAAACACUCAACCUUUAUGUUUAUCAUCGACAAUAAGUCCAGUGACAUUUGGAGCACCAACUGGUAAAGAAGUUAACGCACAUGCUGCAUGUCCAGAGGCUGCAGUUCUUGUUAAAGCAGUCCCCUUCCAGACUUGACCCUUGGCUACAUCACCCACUCUGUUUUCCUCUGUUUUUUUGUCCUUUGAAGUUAUUAUAAAAACGCCCUGAAUUGAAGAGGUAGUAUUUUGCUUUUUCAUUCAUACAAAUUUUAAGUUAAAUUCUAUGAUGUCACACUAAAUAUAGGCAAAGUUUUAAACUGCAAGGUAAAUGUAUGUUGGAGUAAUGCCAGCUUCUCUGAAUGGCAUGUUUAAAAAGUCAUAUGAGAUUUACAGAGGCACGUGAGAUUUGAUCAAUUUGUGACAUCAUCAAUUGUUGAAUCUCCUUAAAAUAACUACAAAAGCACAAACUUACCAAUGUCACGGUCAGCUCAAGGCCAGAGACAAAAACUGAGAGGAGACACGGAGCAAAUGUAUAAGUUCAAUAUUUAUUUUACAAAAAAUAAGAUUAUGAAGUGUGGUCAUUAGUAGAUCAGUGGUGUGAUGUGUGCAUACAUGAGUGAGGGUGAUGAUGCAAUGUUGGUUGUGAAAGAAAAUGCCAAAAUGGAGCAUGGUGGGGGAGCAGCCUGCCAAACUAACCCCACCAAAGAUGAUUGCUUUCAGCCUGCUUUUAUAGAUUGAGACACAUUGGGCCCAGGUGUUCUCAAUCCAGGAUGACCCCGCCUAAACACACCCACCUGCACCUGAAACAGAGUAAACACUGCCAGCAAAACCACAAGUAGAUGGGGGUGUCACACCAAAUAAAAACAUCAUGUUUUUUUUGUUUUUUUUUUACCAUUUUAGAAAUUGAGUCCAAAACAUAUGGCCAUAUGUCAAAUUUGUCUUUCAAAAAUUGGCUUAGAAUUAAUUUAUGACAUUGACUUUGUAGCAUGGCAACAGUAGAAGAGGCCUCUGGAGUGCUGGUGAUCGUGUUUGGGGGCCUCAAAGGGGCAGUAGCUGACACAAAGGGCCUGAUCUACUAAGAUCCAAGAUAGUGAGCGCUAAAUUGUGUGUGCAAACUAAAAAAUUGCACAUGCUAUUAGUGGGCGUGGUGUGGGCGCAAUUGAUAGCAGGAGCAAAAGUAGUGAGGACCGCCCUCUUUAAACGGGGAUUUUGCGUGCGCUAUCAGCUGUCACCAUGGAGAGUUAGUGAGAGCAGAGUGUUUGAAACCAUGGAGUUGCACAUGUCGUUUUGGAGAACUGCAUAAAAGGCAAGAGAAGUUUAUUUGUACAGCACCAGUCAUACACAAGGCAAUUCAAAGUGCUUUACAGAUGCAAAAAGAUAUACUAAUAAUAAAAAAAAGGGAUUAAAAUGACAUAAAAUCAAUAAGACAAACAGAUACAUGUUUUCGUCUGUUUCGUUUUUGACCGUAUUAUUCAUGAAAAUCGUCAUUUAACAGAAAAACAAAAUAAAUCACAAGCUUUUGGACAAGGAUCAUGGCGUGUUUCAUGGCACUUCUGCAUCCUUCUCUCCACAGUAACCAUGUGUAAUGCAGCUCCAGUUUGCACGUGCCUUUAAAAUGUCCUAAAUAUAGACGCAAAACAGCGACCGCAAUUGGUUUCCAGGUUUGAUGAAUCCCAUUGCGGGUACUAAAUGAUUUCAUUUGCAUCUGCUCCUCCCAGAAUUUUGCGCAUUCUGAUGAUCUACAUACAUUCUGCAUAUUCAUUAAGGCAAACACGCUAAAUUGAUUGCGUGUGCUGUUUUGCUCAUUUGACAGACGCAAUCCUCGGUGCACCCGCUUACUAGAUCAGGUUUGCGUGCGCUAUCAGGUUGGCACAUGUUUUUGCACACGCAAACCUUUAGUAGAUCAGGCCCAAAGUGUCUUAGAUGGGGGCUGAAACGAGGGCUUUUUAAAGAAUAUACCAAAGAACUGGGCUGUAAAUCAUGUAAGGCUACAAACAAAGCUUCAUCCAUAGUUUAGUUAUCAGUGCCAUGUAGGUAGUGCAGGUUGCAAAAUUUGAUUGAUAUACUCCAGAGUAAAUUCAACUCUGGCACUCCAUGAGCUGUUCUGCGUGUGGUAAAUACAGCUCCGAAAGACAUCAAACACCCCCCUCUUUAUAUAGCGUUGUAAAUUCUAAUGUAUACAACCAUAAAGAUAAGAUAAGCUAUUAUUAAACCCUCCCGGGGGGGCUUCCGACUGCAGCAGGUGUCAGCCCUGCAGUAUAAAAAGAGGUGAAUAGUGGGAAAAAGUGACAACAGUCCAAUUUAGAUUAUGAACAGAAAAAUAAGCAGUGAAACUCAACAUUAGAAGACUUAAACUGAAGAUAAAUGUUGAAAUAUCUGAACAGUACAAAUCAGGUUCAUGUAAGGGGUACCACUCCAGAAAUAUGCUAGGUCAAACACUUCAGCACAUAUAUUGAGAUUUCCACAGUUUUCUGCCUCUUCUGCUAUGUUGUGUCUUUGGCUCUUAUUAUUUUUGCUGCUAUAAUUAUAAAUAUGAAAUGGCUACUGCUGUUAUUUUUGCAUCAAAGGUAUUAUUAUAGCCAUCAUCACUAUUACUACAGCUGUCAUUACCUCCACUACUUUGGCUUCAAAGUUAGCAGUUGAGGGCUUUUUUUAGACAACACUUACAGAAAAUCUGGCAAGGGAGGCUGUGAGUGUGUGAGUGUGUUCGUGUGUGUAAAUGAGCGGGGAUGUGUGUGUGUGUGUGUGUGUGUGUGUGUGUGUGUGUGUGUGUGUGUGUGUGUGUGUGUGUGUGUGUGUGUGUGUGUGUGUGUGUGUGUGUGUGUGUUUGUGUGCGUGCACAUGAGAGAGAGAAUGUAUUAAUUAAACGUACUGUUAUUUAUUUACAUUCACUUCAGACUUUCCUGCAUUCCUCACACUCACCGACCACAUGCAGGUGAGACAAACACUGGGUUUGAGUCCAAAGCAGUUUUUUCAAACCCAUACACACGCACGAACACACACACACACACACACACACACACACACACACACACACACACACACACACACACACUGUCAGACAUACAUGAGGUGAAAAAUGGCUCCUUUCAUUUGCUCCCCCAGAGCCCAGGGCAGCCCUCGUAAAUCUGUGAGAGGUUUGAACUUCAUUGUAUAGUGCUGCUAUAUAAAGAGCCGUCUCACUCACCCACUUCCACACUCACACUGGCGUGGCGCCAACGAGUACAGAGUUUCUCUCGCAGAGUCCCCCCCCCCUUUUACUCCAGAGUCUGUUGUGCUUUUUAACUCCCUGAGACGAAACGCCCUCUCUCAAGGAAUUAAAAAAGAAAGAAAAACCUGGAGGGGAAACAGAGUGAGCCACAGCGUUUGAGGGUAGAGAGAAAGAAGAGAUAAAGUGGUAGAAAAGAAUGGAGAUGUUUGGGCUUGACUGAUUCCUGUUUAAGUGUUUCUAGUGAUAUACUUAACUUUUCUAUUACGACUGUUCAACUCUUGCAGUCAAAAUACAUUUCUGAGGGCCUCAAGUUUGGGUUCAUUUGUUGUUUAACUUAUACAUUUGUGUGUUGGAAGGACUCUCAGAGAUGUCAUUGAACAUCACAUAAGUAUAUUUGUAUUUGUAAGCAUGUAGAGUAGAAAUUAAGAUCCAGAAACAGAAAAAAUAUGUAAAAUUAAACGCAUUAAAUGCAGUAUCAAAGUUAUGUUACAAAACAGAAUUGGUUUAGCCCAGGGCUGUUUAAUUACAUUUACAGCAGGACCAUGAAUAAAGGCCAGGACGGUUAAGCAGGCUGGGUAUUUAUAGCAGCAUUCAGUUUAUUUUUCUGUCUCUGCCAAAGGCAAAGUUGAAAAAAUUGCAAAUGAAUGUAGUCAAAUAGUACCAUCUAAACUUGUUUUAUAUUUGAAAUACUUUGGUCGCAUAUCUGGUAGAGGAGCAUUGAAGUGCAUAAACAGUCGGCAUGCAUGCACAUUAAAUGCAUGCGUCCUCUUACCACUUUAGAGUCUAUGAAUGACUGUUUCCUCUUUGCCAAGAUCCGUGACACUAGGAGGAAAGCUGCCGUGGCUCUCUGUGCAGCACCACACCAAAGCAGAAACGUCUCUGUACGUCUCUGUUUGUAAGCAGAAGACAAACUCUUCUCUUUGGCCUACAUCUCCAGGAAUACUUUGGCAAAGUUGGUCUAGAGAGUUGCGUGUUUUCCACAAUGAUGCCUACAGAUGUGAUACUCUUUAGUAACUUUAACACACUGGUUGCAUAUGAGGCUCGAUGGUUUUGCGUUUGGUAGUAAAACAAUUAAAAACUUUCCUGCUAAGGCAGCUAACAGUUUCAGCUGUCUGUGUUUUGCUGAAAUGUAGAAACUAUAUGCUAAACAUGGUCUGAAUGUUUUGAACCUCCAUUCUCAUCAAUACUGAGCAGCUUACUUGCAAGCUUCUUUUGUGCAUACUGUACGUGCUCUUCAGUUAUUUUUUUAAUGUGUUUUAAUUAUGUACGCCAGUCAAAUUUGGGUCACCUGGAGGUUUUCUGUGCUUUGGUUUGGCACGUCUCAGGACACAAAGACAAGGCCAAAAUUCAGUCAUGGACCUCAGUGUGUCACUCCACAAGGCUGUACAUUUCUAUCAUUUUUAUGCCUUGAAAAGUGACAUAUGGAGGGUGCCACAGGCCUAGCGGUUUAAGCGCCCACCUCAUGAAUGAAGGCUUUACCCUAGUUGCAGUGAUUGCUGGCUUAAUUCCUGACCACGAACCAUUUGCUGCAUGUCAACCCUCUCUCUCUAAUCCCCGCAUUUUCUGCCUGUCUUAAGAUGUCCUAUCUGUCAAAGGUCAUUUUUACCCCUUAAAUGAAGUAAAAUGGAUCGAAACAAAGUGCCAAAGGAAAGGACUGUCUGCCAUCAAGAUGAAGCAGUAAAACUAUCCCAAGUUAUAAAAUACAUUGAAACCAAAACAUCUUUUUUAAUGGACAAAAACUCACAACUCCCAGCACUGUCUGCAGAAACACUUAGCCUGUCAUUCGCUGUACAUAGUUUAUAUACUACUGAAAAGUAGCUCAUACAGUCCCUCUUAAAAAUCCCUGAACUAUCCCUUUAAGCUUUAGCCCUCAUCUUAAAUGCCGCCCUUACAGUUAAUUACAAUCUUAAACUACUUCGGUCAGAUUUCUGCUGUAAUGUAUCUGCUCCAAUUUGUUCCCCCGCUCUGCUUUUAUGUCUCAACUACAAAGAGAGUCAAAAGACUGUUGAAGGAACUCUACUCUUCAGGGAUUUUUCUGCUCAGCGAUAUCAUGUCCCAUCUAUGAACUCUCAAGACUACAGUAGGCCUGACACAAACCUCUUAUAGCCAAAGUGUAUAAACCUGCUCUGAAUGGCACACAUGCAGGACCUACCAGAAAAAAUCUGACAUCAAAGCCUCCGCCUGCCUGCAUCAAACGUCCUUCCUGAAUGCUCUCAGAUAAUAGAGACAGAGUAAUUAAGUCCCGCCCACACCAGAGGGAAAAACUAUUUAUCACUCUACUUUGUACAGCAUGAAGGUGCCCUCUUCCAAGUAGAGUCUGCCAGUAAACAAGAGAAAUAUGCCGUAAAGCUGCUGUGUGAUUUUGUCUUUAGAAACAUAUAAUGUAAAAACUUUGUAUCAGCAGGAAGAACAGGAAAGAUCCUGACUUAAGGUGCUUUGUGCAGACUGUGAAAGUGAGCUGAAGAAAAAGUGAUGAGAUAAAAAGUCAUAAUAAUGAAAUUAGAUGCCAUAAUUAGUUGAAAUGUAUAUGUCUUACAUCUUAUCAUUUUAAAAACACUUGUUAUUAGUCUGAGUAAUCAGCAUCUGUUUGGAGACAGUGAAAGUAUUUCCCAGGUUGGUCAAAACAGCCCUCUGUAUUUCUGCGGACCAUUUGUUUAUUCCAUCUCUUUGUUUGGAUCCAGGUUCAGAUUCAGACGACUCACUUACCCCAGGAGAGCAGUUCUGUUUUACAGCCUACCAGGUUACACAAAGAAGAACCAAACAAAACAAAACAGACUCAGUCAACAGCAGCAUUCAGGCAUUUCAGUGAUAACAGAGCUGCUGUGAGGAGCCUGGUCAUAGAGGAAUUAAGGCACAACUGAACAGUCUGAGUAAUGUGCCAUCGUAUCAUAUUCAUGCUGCAUCGUAUCAAAGAAUCAGAUCAAAUCAAAGUAUCAGAUCAUAUCAGGAUCCUCCAACAUCCAAAAUAAGUCCAAAAACAAUCAGUUUUUGUCGCUCUGAGCUCCCUCCUACAUAUCAUACAGUUUUUCUCUAUUGCUAAAACACAUUUCAACAUACUCUAAACCAAAUGACCAGUUGCCUCAACACAUUUAUUAAAAUGAAGCCCUUAUUUGCCACAACCAGAAACACAUUUCACCUGUAGACACUAUUCACAAAACCCACUCACAUCUUCUCAGAACUCUAAACACAUUUUUUUCUUGCUAAAACACAUCCUGCAAAACUCAUCUGCUCAAACAUGCACAGUUAAGCUCAUUUGAUGCAAAAUGCUACCCACAGUCAGCAAAACUUGAACACAAUGAACAUACCUUGCGUCCUUGAUUAAACACAACGACUCAAAAUUGAAGACACCUGGUAACCACACCUAUAUAAGUCAGUGCAGAGUGCAGAGUGUGCUGAAUAUUCCGAACAAUGGAGGGACAAGACAGAGGGAUUCGCGGGAGGAAGAGGAGCAGGCCGAGGAGGAAGAGGAGCAGGCUGAGGGGGGCAAGGAGCUGGCCGAGGAGGGGCACGAGCUGGCCGAGGGGGGCACGUAGCUGGCCAAGGAGCAAGAGGAGCAGGCCGAGGAGGAAGAGGAGCAGGCCGAGGAGCAAGAGGAGCAGGCCAAGGAGCAAGAGAAGGGCUAAUGAGACGUCGACGCACGAUCAUCACAGAUGAGAUGUGAGCGACCGUUAUCAACCAUGUCAUUGUCCAUGGAAUGACCAUGACUGAAGCUGGCCAACGAGUCCAGCCAAACAUAAACCGAUAUACAGUGGCCACCAUCAUUCAGGCCUUCAGACAACACAACAGGUACUGAAUGUAGUAUUUCUUGGUCACUACAGUAGAUGUCUAUACAGAUACUGUACUGCAUACGUAGUGGAGUGCAAUUCGAUUUACCACAGUUUGCUGUAAAGAGAUGUCCAUGUAUUGAAUACAUGCCUUUACAGUACUGUAUUUUACAGUACAGCAUUUACAGUAUAUGUAUGAUUCUGUAAACUGCGUGUUUCAUUACCUUUACUGUACAUUACUGUAAACUUGAGUGCAGUUGAGGGGCAAGCCUUCAUUUUCACCUAGAACAAUUGCAACCAUGGGUAAAAGUGUUACAGUACUGUGUACUGCAAGGACUAUCUCUGUACUGACCAAAUAUAUUUUUGUUUCUCUAGAGUUGACAGACUGCCACAUGCAGGUGGGAGGGGUUCCAUAUUCACAGCAGCUCAACUGGAGUCAGUGGUCAGGCUGAGUUUGUGAAGUUCAGAUUGUCAGCAAAGAUGUUAUCCUGUAUUUCCCCUUAUGAUAUUACAGUAUUCUCCUGAACCAUGUAGACAAUUCUCCUGAACCAUGUCGAUUCUUGGGAUUCGUCUCCCACCUGCAUGUGGCAGUCUUUCAAAUCUGUGCAGUUAAACAUACUGUCAAUACUGUAAUAAAAAAAAGUUACACCCUGAACAUUGUGUUUUCAAUUGUUACUGUACACUAUACGUACUGUAUGUAUUGUGUGCAAUGGAUCCUCCAUGGUGUUUACACUGCUUUGCAUUGAGUUGUGAUACAGUAACUGCUUUUUCUUCAUGUGACUAUUCCUAUGAAACACACAAAUCUAGAGUGCAUGCCCAAUAUAUAUUUGAGAAUAUAUGUAUGUAAGGGUUUCUAAAAAAAUGUGUUCUGCAGUGAUGAAACUGUAAAAAGAACGGUCUCACACUAUGAACAUUGUGUUUUGCAUUAUUUAAAGUGUGUGUAAUGACGCUUGGUAGUGUUUACAUUUUUGCAGGCCUUGAGAGGUAUUGUGUUGUCAAGGUGGACUUUUGAGAAUAUGUGAGACUUUUGAGCGUAGGUGCAAUUGUUUUGGUGUGCUCGAGUGACUUUGAACAUACGUUGUUCUGUUUUGGAGUGUAUGGGUUGGUUUUGGGAAGAGAAUUUGCUGUUGUGUGAAUAGUGCUUGAGAAAAGUGUUUUGUGUUUAGGGUUGUGGGAAAAGGGGGGAUAGUAUGGUGAAAUGUGUUUUAGCAAUAGAGAAAAACUGUAUUUAUCUGAGACUGCAUCUUACUCUAUGUUACAAUAUUGGUGAAACUGCCAUCUACAGUGCAAACCCCCCAUUAAUGUUGAAAUCUUUAAAAGAUUCAAUCUAGAAAUUAGAGGUCAAGUGUGGAUGUUACAGCAUCUUCAGCUGUUGAUUUGGCGUGUGCAGUGGAUUUAACGUGAAGCCUAGAAAUGUAGCAGAAAAGAAGGAUGGUACAGGAAAUGAGCCCAAUAAAGACAGAGACAUGGAGGGAAACGUGUGGACCGGGUGGAAAGAAAGAGGACAAGCUGUCUGCCGCUGAUGGGAUCCUCCUCUGCCCGCCUGGUUUGCAGUCUGGUUGCUUAGUAACUGCAAUGGCCUAAAAUAACCUGCCUGCAGACAGAAAUAGACCAAAGAUAUAUGGACAGAUUGGACAGUGUGUGUGUCUGUUUGUGUGUCCCAUAGAGUAAAAAAUUUGCUUAUUUGUCACUUCUCCUGGACUCAUGGGACUUGACUGAACAUCACAUUCUUGACUCAUUCUUUGAGUUCAUUUGUAUCUGAGUCAUUUCUCCUGAGGAGCCCACUGGGGUCGAUAACAAGAUGAAAAAGAAACCAGACUUCGAAGAGACUGAAGUGAGACGAUCAUUUAAGCAAUAAUUGAGAGAUUCAAUCUUUUUCUUAUUUAUGUUUUACUUUCCAGUACAGCGAAUUUCAUGAGUACUUGAAGUAUAAUCACUCGGGUAGAUCCUAUCAUUUCACGUUCAAUUUGUUAUCAUAUUUUGGUUUGUUUCACUUACCUGACCUAAAAAAGGAGGUGCCACUGAAAGUUUUAAGUGUUCUUAUAUGUUUUUCUCUGGCAGAGCUCGGGGCAGCUCCACCAAAUGAUGUGCUUGACUUUCCAAAACUCCAGAAUACACAUCCAUAUAAAAACAAAUUCUCACUGAGAGGGGGGAGCAGGAACCUUGAUUUUGUUUAAUAUCUCCUUGAACUGUAAAACCAGUUUUUGAAAAUAGCCCAUCAUCCCUUUGUAGUUCAGGUUAUCUGCUGAGUAACUGUUUUAACUCAGCAGUUAAGCACAUGGAAUAAAAUGAGUCAGAAUAUGCCUGAAAUUAAACUGAGCAAGCAUAAUGCUCGUCCAGGCAAGCCUGCAGACGUUUUCAGCUCCUCUGCAAACCAUUUCAACAACAGCUUCACCUUUUUCUGCUGUGUUUGUGGAUGUGUUGUCAGUGAUGCUUCCCUUGGCUCUGUAACUGUGGGGUCUUUGCUGCUGCUCUCCCUGCCUUUACUUUUCAUGUACAGGGAUGAGGGGACAGAGUCAUACUGCUGGUUAGGACUUAUUAUUGUAAUGUAUGCCAAUCGGUGCACAUGAAGAAUAUCUGUAACUCCCAUGAAUUAUUUGCUCAGUGAGGCAACAUGGUGCUGAUAUGUGUACAACUCAACACAGGUGGGCUGCAUUUGUGACCACAAAGGGACGUAUAUUUUUCACCAUGACUUUUCUGGACAUUUUUUCUGCAAACCUACCCGGUAAAAUUUCUACAAAAAGUCAGGAAAGGUUGAAGUCAGGAAAUUCCACGCAACCAUGUGUGCAGAGUAAUGAUGCUGAGUGGUGUUGGAGACUCUUCUCUGCUUGCCAGUCAUCUGAAUGUCCUUUAAACUGUUGUGCUUGGGACAGUAAUGUCCCAAUACUUGAUAGAGUGAUAUUAUUUCAGUAACAGCCAGGACUAGAGAAGACUCCUCCUCCUCCUUCCUCCUUCUCCUGCAUGUGCUUCAACCAAACAGGGUAUAGUGAGUCAAGGGUAGGCGCUUCUGACAAGAAAAAUCUUCCACUGUGAAGUGCAUGUAUGAACAGCAAGUUCCAGAAAAUAUCAGGGCUUCAUGUCUGAAAUAAUUGGGUAGGCUAGAAAGUCAAGUUCAAGUCAUAGCAAAUAUGAUUUCAGGUAUUUUCUGUUGUUGAAAACUUACUGAGACUGAUUUAAAGCCUAACAGGUCUGAUUUUUGUCAAAUCUAAGCACUAGAAAUGAGGCAAAUGCCAGAAAAUUUGAAGAACUCAGUCUGAGGGACUGAACCUUCACAUUUGAAUAAAUUUGUGAAAUUUUGGCAGUUUAAUUUCAAUUGUAGUUGAGGUAAAACUGUCACAGCAGGCUCACAGUGAGACUGUUUAUUUUUCAGCCAUGCAAGUGAGGACAUAACCUCCCUUUGCUCUUGACUACUGCUAAUUUUUGUCCACACAGGACAUUAAGGUCUCAUCAGAAGACAAAAGAAAUGCUAUUCAAUGGGUAUAAGUAACUUCACUCUUCGUGAUUAAAUUGAACUUUUGUUUGACUCUUAGUGUGCUCUGUUCGUAAAAACAGGUGUGGACUUCUCUUAAGGGUGCAUCGUGACACGGCCAUAUGGACGGCACACCAGGCAGACAGGCUAUGGGCCAUUACCCUCUCUCGCUGGUUGCUAUGCUGAUUGUCAGGGAAGUGACAUCAGAAUGUUUAGUCAGCAUGAUGGGAGACAGUUGCUAAGCAGUUUCAGCACCUUAGCAACCAUUCCUGUGUCACUGCAACAUAAGGGCCGGCCAGGAGAGAGGGAGGACGGCAAUAAUGGAAACACACGGCCGACAGCAGGCGGUGGACACUGCCGGGUCAAAUACUCAUUCCAGUGAGAAAAAAGAGCAGAUGUUACUUUAAAACUGAGAACAGAGUGAGUGUAGAAACUUUAAAAAAACAUAACUCUGAGACUCUCAGUGCUGGAAGUCUUGAAAAUUACUAUCAGAUAAAAAAUGCAGCAAUUCAAGACUAGUAACUCGUUUUCCUCCUGGGUAUGUUUGGACUCGUAUAAAUACUUGAUAUCAAGCCUUUAAUAGUAACUUUAACCAGCUGCAAUCUGAGGUGUCCUUAAUCUUCAGUGCAUGUUAGAAGAUUUAGAGGAUUUAAAAAGUGUACUUUACCCAAAAUGCCGGACUUAAAUCCAGAUAUAACUUUAAAGUCUUAAACAGACCCAAAGGAAAUUUAGACUCAAUCGAGAAAGUGAUUAACUCUCACUGUUCUCCAAGCUGCCUCCAUUUGUUUUAUCCUGCAUGGAUCACUUGCCUCUGUUGUCUUACCCUUAAACUUGGCACAAGUAGGUUAAAGCUCUUAUAAUAAAACACAUUUUCUCAUGUAGAGUUGCCUUGAGAGUCCAGUGGCUCUUUGUUGUAACAGUGACAUAAAUUUUAUUUUUUAAAGCCGCACAUUAAGAAUACUACCGUCUAAAAGGGAUGUUUGUAAGGCGCCACACACUCCAGUUUUUAAUGGUUUAACAACUGAAGAUGCAGCAGGUGUUGCUGAUUUGAUUUGGCUCUUUCAUGUUUCCUUCUGGGUCCAAUAAAAAAUGUGUCCAGAAUCUUGGCCAGAGCAGGUGUUAGAAAAGAAAGUAAGGACCGGACUCGAGUUUGCUUGGACACUGAAAUUAUUGGAGAGGGAGGGGGAGCAUUAACACUGUGACAGGAGUUCAGAUUUAGAGCUGAUAGGGUUGGGGGUUCUGAUGUGAAUAUAUGGACUAAUAAACAGUGUUGAAUGGAUUUAGAGGUCUCUACUCUUCCUCAGCUUAGAUCACAAUCUUAGGAGUAACGCCCCCUUGGAUUUAUACAUGACUAAUCAAAACGUGAUCAAUGAUAACAAACAUCCAUGAUUAAACAAAUAAGGCACAUUUAGGGUGAAGUUUGAAGCCACAGCCUACAAAUCUUGGAUUAAUUCAAAGUCUUUAAAACUGUGCUUGAGUCAAAUUCAUCUCUUUUUUAAUUUGGUUUUUAGGCUUUUAUGCAGACAGAGUGGGGAACAACAUGCAGCAAAGAGCAACAGGUCUGAAUCAGACCAGGGAUCUGUUUAUGGGGACGUGGGAUUGAAAUGGGAGCAGUAGCUCAGGAGGUAGAGCGGUCGGCCAACAACUGGAAGGUUGGCGGUUCGAUUCCCCCCUAUCCCAAGUCUGUCCGUUGUGUCCUUGGGCAAGACACUUAACCCACCCUGCUCCCAGUGUAUGUCCUCCACUGGUGUAUGAUUGUGAGUGUUGUGUGGUGGUGGUCGGAGAGGCCAUAGGCGCAAACUGGCAGCCACGUUUCUGUCAGUCUGCCUCAGGGCAGCUGUGACUACUAAGGUCGUUUACCACCACCGAGGUGUGACUGUGUGAGUGAAUGAAUGAUGUAUCCAAUGUAGAGCGCUUUGAGGGGCUCUGAUAAAGUGCUAUAUGAAAUCUGAUGCAUUAUAAUUAAAACAAAAUGACACCUCAAAUCACACUUGUGAUGGCUACAGUGCUCAUUCUGUCCUCCUGCUCCUCUCCCUGCUCUCCUCUAUACACCCCUGUAUCAUCUCUCUUGGUUUCUCCCCUUGUCUCACGGUCAGUGUGUGAAACUUCUCCCCCUGGCUUGCACAGUGUGAUCGGCUGUGAUCAGACAAAGUGAAGGAGUAAUUUGAAGCAGACUUUUCAUGUUGGGUGUAAACUCAGGGCACAGGAAGGACGCAAAGUACCUGUGAAAUCAUGAGUUUGUUGAGUUUGAAGUCAAAGUUGAGUUGCAGUUCAAGCCUCCUGGUUCAUGUUUGGACACAAUGACUCCAGUCCAGGAAAUAAUGAUAAUUUUAUAACGCAUGUGCUCUACGUUACUUAUAUCGAAGGUACUUGGUUAUUGAAUUUCACCAUUUACUAGAUUUAGAUGUAGUUAAUUUGUAGAUUAAGAUUUCAAACAAAAACAGUAAUACGCUGAAUUACAUUGAGAAGAUUAAAUCUCUUUUGAUUUGUGGCCCAGAAAAGAAAGCUUUGUCUAGUCUGAUCACUUGAUCACUCAGUCAUGCUCCAGAUGUUUUUUUCUCUCCAUAAUCAUCUCAAGAACAUUUCUCAGUUUGAUCUGGGGACACUUUGAGGGGCCAACUGUAGACAAGGGCUGUCUCAGUAUCAGAUAUUCAACUCACAAUUGUGACCAUAAAAUAUCACAUUAACAACACUGGAAAAUUUUAAAAUAAAACAACAAAAGCAGUUCAAUUGAGGAAAGGCUAGACGACACAUUACUACCAACACUUUACUAAUAACUGCGAUUCAUUUACAUACCAUUAUCCAUUUCUAAUAAUGUUCAUAUUUAUGAUUUAUCAGCAUCAACAGCCCUGUGACUGAAAUGUCUCACCAAGUACCUGUAACUCAUGCCUUUAUUUUGAUGGUUUUCCUGUCUUGUGUUGAGGUUGCUUCUUUCCUGCUUCGUGGAACUGAGCUUUUAUUUUGAAAUGUACCUCUUCCAUUGAAUCAAAACUUAUGUAACUUUAUGGAAGCGGUUCAAAGAAUGACAGUAGAGUCUAAAUCUGGACUCUGUAGGUUAAAGUAUUUGGAAGUUAGAGGUCAAGACAUGAAGAAAUCUGAGUUUUACCUCUAACUGUGAUCUCAUCAGUCUGGAUCCUUCUGGUUACGAGCUUUCCACAGCAGUUUUUUCACUGCGCAUCUGACCCAGUGAACUCACCACCUCGUCAACACAUGGGUGCUGCAUGCUAUUUUUGUUUUAUUCAUCAGUGUAAAAUUACACCACUCCUAUUCUACAACUCUGUGCUGCUGUUGCACUCUGUGUCUGCUGUGAGCUCAAUAACAAACAUGUAGAGUCAAACCUUAUUUUGAGAUCUGAAUAUCAGACACAACAGGAAGCUGGGUUUACACACUUCUGAGGGAGCAACAAACAAAUAUCUUCAUAUUUUUGUCUCUUUUUUUGUACUUUUUACUCCUGCUGAGAUAAAUAUAAAGCAGGUGUAAUUUACUCUGUACUGAUCACAGCUUCAUUUCAUGUCUGCAAACAUCUUUCAAACCUUCAUUUUAACCUUGAAAAUUCUUGGUUUCUGCCAUUAAUGAUGUCAAGAUAAAGAAAAACCACACAUGAACAGACAAAAGAGAGACCAUAAUUAUAACCUAAAGAAUGAUACAAAAACUUAAAGUAAUCCACUCAUUUGGUCUCAAACAGCUUUGUUUAAUCAGGACUUGUAAGAGAAGUUUGUCUUUAAAACUCAUCUUUAUGUUUUGGUCUUUUUUUUGUUGUUGUGGUAAAUAUGGUACUUUAAUUCAUGUUUCCUGUGUUGUAGCCUCUAACUUAAAAAUGCUGCUUUUCCCCUAUGUUCCCUCGAGGCAUUGUUUCUUAAAAGCUGCCUCACUGCUGACUUCAAUUAUAACUUCACACAGUAAUGGAUGGGCUCAGUGUUUGAUGUGGUUUCUCCAUAACCCUCUAGAGCGAAGAUGGAGCAGACCAGGACAGUCCAGAGGAGGGGACGCCAGCGAGUCCCCGCAACAAGCGCAGAGUGGGUCGUCCUGGCAGGAAACGCAAACAGCUGCUUCCUGUGAGUACUGUAAUUAAGGGCUGUCGUUGGCCUUUUAUACUCCACAAUGUGGUGAAUGAUUGAUUGCAAAUUAUUCACCUAUUCACAGUCCCCCAGAUUUUCAAAACAUGCAUGCACUGCUGCACCAAAAACACUGUGCUUCAUGUUUGUGCACUCUCAUGUAAGCUGCUGCUCAGAAACACACAGAGGCGCCUGAGGGGACAAGUACUACAUAAAAUGAGUGUUACAUCUGAGUGUGUUGGACAGCUCACACUAGUGGUAGUAGUCAGUGUACUUUCCUCCUCACAGCAGCUUUCAUCCUUUCAGCUUUUCUUCUGCUUUUACUCAUCACUCAAUAUAUAUAUAUUUUUUUUACCUGGAGUUUGUCUAAGAUGAGGGAUUUCCCUACAUGUUGACUGUUUGCAGAGCUGUUAGUCUUUGCAUUGAGUCUCCAGAGAUGUGUAGUGCUUACAACAUUUCCUUAUUACUUGGUCAUCUUAUUCUCUUGUGAGUCUGGCUCCAUCCCCGACUUGCUAUCACUGCUUUAAUGAAAGUUGAAGUCUAGAGGGAAGUGUUCUUGCUUGGCUUUAUUUUCUAUAAGUACUGUUUAUAUUUUACUUAACAAAAUAAAGGCUAGUUGAAUUACUAGGGUGGCUUUUGGUAGGAAUGUAACAAUAUAGUCACCUCAUGAUGCACUGGAUUGAUGAUGUUGGGCUCAUGAAACCGUUUUUGUGCUCAAACAUCAUAACUUUUUAUUUAUAAAGCUGUGACUUUGCCUUUUUUAGUGCCAUAUGUCUGGGCCACUCUGUCUCUGAUUGGAUGGCAAACAUGCUUUUAUUGUGAAAGGACCCAAAAAAUACUUGAGCUCGAUUGUUAAGUUACACAGGAUGGUGAAAACAGCUGUGGAGCAAUUGCUAGCAAACUGAUUAGAUGAUUAGCAACCCUCAGGAGAGGCAUCAGCUCUGAUGUUGCAUUCACAACUAUUACGUCUCUCUCUGUAAACUGCCAUGGCUUGUGCAAAGAGUAUAGAGAGAUUUUUCUUUUAUUUACUGACUGCUGUCAGCAAUCUCCGGGUGGUUUUUGACUAAUAAUACCUGUAACUUUUAGUUCCAGGGACUUUUCUUUAAGAAUAAGUGGUUACUGUGGCCCAUUAUUGUCUGCAUUUCCAGCAGGGUUCGAAGUCUUGGGUAAAUUGUAUAAAUCAGGCCAAUGCCAAUGACAUCCAGGGAUGUGCUUAAGAAAUGAGGUGACUUGCACAGCUCUUUAGGAGAGUCUCCGCUGAAUCGAUUUUUACACAAAAAGUUGUCACAAAUCAUGUCUGCAGCAGGUAAGCUGUAUUGAUAAUUAAAAUACCAUCAGGUUACAGGGGAUAUGAGCUCUUCUACUUUUGCCUCCUGGUGCCUCUACCUGUUUAUCCUUUCUCUGCUCAGCUGCUGUCUCUGUGUAAAUUUUUCACUGGUUUAUAUUGUUAAAAAGAUUGUUUCCUGGUGAGACUAACUCCUGACACUGUUAACACCCAGAGGCAUUCCUGAUAUGGAUAUAAUGUAGUUAAAAAGAGUCCAAAUCCAUGUUUACACAUAGUUUUACUGAUUUGUAACAUCAGGUUAUGUAGGAUAUAAACUAGAGUCUGUUUUCAUCGUCAGGCCAUGCCUACCAAAGUCCCUGGACUAUUGGAAAGCACUACCAGUUGAACAGGAGCUUUUCAAGUGGUAAAUCUUUUACCCCAGGACUAAAUUUAGACCCUAGUCCCUGCAGCUGGAAUGCACACAGUUCCUCAAAAGGUCUCUGGUUCCUGGGGUUAAGUUCCUGUGUUUAAAAACCAUCUUUAAAUAGAUAAAAAAGGAAAAUGCCAAAAAUGCUUGGCAAAUACACUCAUACAGGCCCUGAAAUGCAAAAUCUUCACCUGCUGCCAUCAUGGCUCCAUUCAGCGACAGACAUAAAAGAAGACACACAAGAGAAGUCAAAGGCAGAUAAAACUUCUCUACUAUUUGAAAUAGGCCUCAUGAUUCAUGUUCAUCUCACAGAUUUAUACAUGUACUUACCUUCAACUGAUUAACAAAGUACCAUCACAUUCCUGUUGAAUGUUGAGAGUCUUGAGGGUCUAAAUUUGCUUAGUUUAAACCUUCUUGUUGUGCUGUUUGGCUGGAGCAACAAUUAAACACCAGAAUUUUUUACACAGUGUAAAGUUCCUGUGAGGAACUUCCUGCUUGAGUCAAUUUUGGUGCCCCCGUGGAGGAAUCCUUCUUUCUCAUCCUGCUGACUCUUAACAGUCAAUUAUAUCAUUAAUUUUAAAUAUUUUGUGUAAAAAUUGUCUGUUUUUUCAGCUGCUUGGAUGACACCUAUCCCCUCACACAGAAUUCAAGUGUUGAAACUUAUAAUGUGAUAGUCGUCCGUUUUGUGGCUGAUGGUUAUGUUUACUUUUGUUUAUCAUAAAAAGAUAUCCGUGUGUGUUUUAGUCUGUUUCAUAAAUGUCAAAGAACUCCUCACAGGAGCUUUAAAAUUGUUCCUUGUGUAGCUUUUAAUCUGUAAAUGUUCAUUAUGCAUCAUUAUCAGCUUUUUCAAGGGAGAUUCAUUCAGUCUCCUUUAGACUGUCAGUAGGAAGAGAUAUGAGCUGCAGUAUCACACCGUACUCUGUUUUCUUCACUCCCCCUGAUGUUUAGGUGUUUGGCAGCUCCUCUCCUCCACAUUUCUCACUCCAUUCAUCCUCCUAUCACCCACCUUAUGUGUAUAUAUGUGAAUAUGUGUGGGGGUGUGUGUAGCUGUGUGUGUGUCUUUGUGCUGAGUGAACUCUGUGGUUGAAUCAGCAAGUCAAUAUUGCUGAUCAAACAACACCUGAAAGAAUAGAAUACACACUGAGGUUUCUGAAGUGUGUGUGUGUGUGUGUGUGUGUGUGUGUGUGUGUGUGUGUGUGUGUGUGUGUGUGUGUGUGUGUGUGUGUGUGUGUGUGUGUGUGUUUGCAUUCAUGUCAGCAGGAGAGCAGGUCUGAUCAUGCUUUGAUGUAUGACUCUGACAAGGUAGACAGGAGAAAUUUUGGCCCUCUCAAACACACACACACACACACACACACACACACAUUUUCGUAGAGAAAAGAGAAUCUGUACAUGCUACAAACACAUGUAGCUGCAGGUGAAAUACAUAUGUGCAUGUCAGCACUGCAAAUAGUGUGUCAUCUGUACAACUAAGUAAAUUUGACAAAUCUAUAGGAGUAGUAAAAGUGGAUCCAUUUGUGAAAUAGUAGUAGUAUAAGAGGUAAACUGAUGCUACAUAUGUGGCAAAAAGUACAAGUUAUAGCUGUAGCAGAAAAACAGCACUGCUCAACCCACCGACAGACUUGUUGUAUUAUUGGCAGUAGAAGUUUUAAACAUAUCUGUUGUUGUAGUAAAGUAAUUGCGGUAGAAGAAGGAGUACUUGUGGUAUUAGGCUGUUUUAGUGAUCAGGUCAUUGUAGUUGCAGUUGUGGUUUUGGUGAAGAAAUGUAACCAGAAGUAGGAGCAGAGGUUGUUGUCCCCACAGUUAUAGUAACUUAUAUGGUAGGAGUUGACCUAAAUGUUUUUUUCAGAGCCAAUGUGAUACAGAUUAUUAGUAUUACAUGAGACCAGUAACCAAUGUUAGUGAGUGAUAUCCAUUGACGGUAAAAAUUAGACACUUUAUGUCAAAACAUUUAAAUUGUAAUAUUAUAAAAUCCAACACAAAUCUUUGCUUAAAUGCCUCCAGCAGAUGUUUAAUUAAAAGUGAAUUAUCAUAUACAAGAGCUAACCGUUAACCAGUUACACUUACAGUACAGUAGUGUUACACGGUCUUGUGGUUUCUCUCCAAUUAGAUAGUGUUGUGAGUGGCGCACUGAUGCAGAUAAUUGAAUGACACAGAUUACCUGAGUACUCCUGUGUUAUAGUACCAGUAGUAUAGAUAAUACAUACCUUGUUGGAGUUGCUGAAACAACAGCAGUAUAAAAACACUUGUAUGUGCAAUGUAAUACACAAAAGCUUAGAGCAAACACUGGGACUUUGGUAAAGAUAUCCAUUAUUAUCUUUAUCCUAACAUCUCUUUUUUCCCUGCUCAUAAAGUGUCCUUGGUUCUCUUAAAAAGCAAUACAUAAUUUCAAGUUACCAUUGUUAUUAUGAGAAAUAGAAGACAAGAUUUGGCUAGCUAAUUCAGACAUAGUCAUCUAAUUGUUGUUAGCAGUGAGGGCCUGUGUCCAUUAACAGUAUUUUCUGUUAUGUUACAGCCUUAUUCCGAAUGGAUUAAAUUCCUUUUUUCCAUCAAAAAUUCUGCACAAAAAAACCCAUAGUGACAAAGCCAAAAACUUUUUUUAGAACAUUUUGCAAAUUUAUUAAGAAUAAGAACACUCAAAUGUUGCAUAUACAUAAGUAUUCACACCCUUUGCUAUAAAACUGAAAUGUUCCUCCAACUUGAUUCCAGUCCACCUGUGGCAAAUUCAGCUGAUUGGACAUGAUUUGGAAAGCCACACCUGUCUAUAUAAGAUCCCACAGCUGACAGAGCACGUCAAAGCACAAACCAAGCCAUGAAGUUGAAAGAAUUGUCUGUAGACCUCCAAAACAGGGUUAUAUUGGCGCACAGAUCUGGGGAAGGUUACAGAAAAAUAUCUGCUGCAUUGAAGAUCCCAAAAAGCACAGUGGUCUCCAUCAUUAAAAAAUGGAAGACGUUUGGAACCACCAGGACUCUUCCUAGAGCUGGCUGCCCAGCCAAAAUGAGCAAGUGGGGGAGAAGGGCCUUCGUCAGAGAGGUGACCAAGAACCCGAUGGUCACUCUGACAGAGCUCCAGCGUUCCUCUGAGGAGAUGGUAGAACCCUACAGAAGGACCACCAUCUCUGCAGCACUCCACCAGUCAGGCAUUUAUGGUAGAGUGGCCAGACAGAAGCCACUCCUCAGUAAAAAGCACAUGAUAGCCCGCUUGGACUUUGCUAGAAGGCACCUGAAGGACUCACAGACCAGGAGAAACAAAAUUCUCUGGUCUGAUGAAACGAAGAUCGAACUCUUUGGCCUGAAUGCCAAGCGUCAUGUCUGGAGGAAACCAGGCACCGCUCACCACCUCGCCAAUACCAUCCCUACAGUGAAGCAUGGUGGUGGCAGCAUCAUGCUGUGGGGAUGUUUUUCAGCGGCAGGAACUGGGAGACUUGUCAGGAUCGAGGGAAAAAUGAAUGCAGCUAAGUACAUCGAAAUCCUUGAUGAAAACCUGCUCCAGAGCUCUCGAGACCUUCGACUGGGGUGACGCUUCAUCUUCCAGCAUGACAGUGACCCUAAGCACAUGGCCAAGAAGACAAAGGAGUGGCUUCAGGACAAGUCUCUGAAUGUCCCUGAGUGGCCCAGCCCGAGCCCAGACUUGAACCCGAUUGAACAUCUUUGGAAAGACCUGAAAGUAGCUGUGCACUGACGCUGCCCAUCCAACCUAACUGAGCUUGAGAGGAUGUGCAAGGAAGAAUGGGGAAAAACUCCCCAAAUCCAGGUGUGCCAAGCUUGUUGCAUCAUACACAAGAAGACUGGAGACUGUAAUCGCUGCCAAAGGUGCUUCAACCAAGUAUUGAGUAAAGGGUGUGAAUACUUAUGUAUAUGCAACAUUUGAGUGUUCUUAUUUUUACUAAAUUUGCAAAAUGUUCUAAAAAAAGUUUUUGGCUUUGUCAUUAUGGGGUAUUUUGUGUAGCAUUUUUGAGGGAAAAAGGGAAUUUAAUCCAUUUUGGAAUAAGGCUGUAACAUAACAAAAUGUGGAAAAAGUGAAGUGGUAUGAAUACUUUCCGGAUGCACUGUAAGUCCAAAAAAGAUGUUGCAGCUGAGAGCAAAGCCUGUCAUGCACAAGUUUGUGCCAAUAUCAGGACAAUAUCAGUAUCGUAUCAGAAGUAAGAGAGUUGUAGCUGGACACCCCCUACUGUCAGCUGAAAAUAGAUUCACUUUUCUGCGCUUAUCACAUCACUUCCUUCGCUUCCUCAAGGACUAAACAAAAUCAAAAUGGGGGCGACUCUUUUAACAACAACUGUGGAGAAACCAAUUAGACUUUGGGGAAAGAUUUCUAGGCUUGAGCUCCUCACUCCAGGACAUGACAUCUUUCGAUUGUUUUUAUGUUAUCUAUUUAAAAUUCCCUUGAAAUACUCUUAAAAGCUUCCCCUUAUAUAGAGCACAACAAACAGUUAAAGACAGCCUUAAUAGUUGGGGACUUUUGCAGCCUAGACACAAAAAAUAGAUGGAUUGAAGGACUCUAAAAUUGAAGAUGAAAUGAGGGCACUGCCGGUGCAAAUGAUGCUGUCAGUGGACACAGGUCCUAAGAGUAGUUGUAUUAGUUGAAGUUUUUGCAAAUUGUUGUAACACAGCAAUGUCACUUAUGUGAAAAUUCUCACAGUAGUUGUAGAUAUCAGUAGCCACAGACGUAAUUGUUGUACAAGAGUAUUGGUGGGACUUAAAUAGAAGGGUUAGUUGUAGCAGCGGCUGUAGUCUUAAUAGUAGUGAUAGGAAUUUUAUUAGACUUAAAGUAAUGCAUCAGUGAAAUAAAUGUUGCCAUGGCAGUAGUUCAAGUAGAAGUUGGACUAUCAGUAUGGUAUGACUAUGAGUGGUCAUGUAAUUGUAACCCUGUAUGUUGAAGUAUAAUAGCUGAAGUAUCCACCGCAGUAAUGCUCUCUGAUUACUAUGAUGAAGGUACUGGUGUUAAUCCAAGAAGUAGGUUGCUGAGGAUGUAUUUAUAAAAGAGCCCUCUUGCCAAGCAGACAGUAUGUUAUUCAUUACACACACACACACACACACACACACACACACACACACACACACACACACACACACACACACACACACACACACACUGAGUGGUGUCCAGGAAUAGAGCCAUUGUGUGUAUAUCAGGGUGGAGCUGUAAGUGACACUAACUAUAGAGAGCAGAGACGGAGGGAGCCUCACUGUCUCCCCUCCUCCUGCUUCCCUCACUCAUUCACCUCUAGUAAAUAUAAUAAUGUACACACACGCAUUUACACAAAUACACACUUCUAAACACCUACAUGCAGAGUUUUUACAGUUGUGGGGAUAGUAUUCAUGGAAAAGUGGACAUAGUUUCAUGGUCUCCCAUCUUUUUUUUUAUUUUUACCUCUGCUCCCACUCUUUCGUGAUUUUUGGCUGCUGCUUCAUGUUUUAUUUUCUCCCUCCUAAAGCUGUAGGUUAGAAUAAGUGUCGAUCACUUCCUCUUUUUUAUUUCCUUUCUUUCUUUUUUCUCUCUUUUUUUUUACUGCAACUGGAACCAUGUGUGGAGCAGCUGGUGGCUUUUUGAGCAUGAGUGUGCAUAUGUGUGCCUCACGCUUGUGGCUUUUUCCUGAAAUGGAGUCGAUUGUACAGUAGGACUAAAGACAUACUUCUAUCUUUCCUAUUAUUUAUAGAAUUAUUUAUCAUGGAAACCCCCUCUCAGCCACAGUGCAGUGAGAUUUAAUCAGUAUAAUAAAUCAAAGUUUUUAUGCAGCCUGACGACUUGAUUUUAUCCAGAGAACAGCUGAACUGUAAUCAGUUGAAUCACCGUAUAAAACCACAGGUCUUAAUUUGGAAUAAGCAUGACUCGAUAACUUUUGAUUUAAUCUUAGCAUGUUUGCACUUUACUCUGGUUUCUUUCAGAAUUUCUCUUUUGUGCCAAAACCUCAGGUCACAGAGACAUUGUGGAAAACUUGUGGUUUUGUUUGCAGUGUGUGAAAUAAAAGUUUUGUGACCACUGGCUUGUAGAGACAAAGUUGCAUUCUUUAGGUCCAAGGGGGAAAAACUUCUGUUACAACAUCAUUCAGUUUGAGACGAGGCUGUGUAUAUGUUCAUUUAAAGGCUCUCUGCAGCAUCACAGAUUAAACCUACAUGCAUGCGAUCACUUUUAUUUUUACAAUGAGUCAAAACCUCUGUGGAAGUAGUUCAUUUUAUUCAGUUUUGAUUAAACAUCAGUACAAAACCACUGGAUGUAGAUUCCUGUCAUUUAAUGUACUGCAUCAUAGAAAAAAACAGCCAAUUUGCCUUCUGUCUGUGUUUUAUGUUACGUUGGCAAAUCAGUGGGAACUUCAGCCGCCACAAAUGUUCAGUGGUUUUUAAAUCUAAAGAUCCCAAACUUUGGAUAAAUUUUGAAACAUGUCAAAUAGAUAGAUUCACUGUGAAGUCAACCAUCAUUACCCACAACUUUACUGAUCUGCUGUGACACUUUUUAACCACAGACACUGAUUAUAACGUCAUAAUGUUUCUGCUUCAACUAUCGCCAGUCAUUUUAAAAUGGAGAAUUGCUCCUCAGCCUCAUUACUUGAGAGUACCUCACUUUGGCUAACCGUCUCCUCCUUUUUCUGCAGCCAGAGCUGUCUUUGUUCAUAUUUGGUGAUUUUGGUGAUGGCAAGUAAUGUAAUCUGAACCCUCCUCUACCCCGUAUUAUAACACAACUAGAUCUGAUUUUGCUGCUUUUUCACCAAAAAGUCAUGUCUGAUUCAUCAAGUGCACACAUUAGCUUAAUGUAGUUUUAAGUGAUGGCAAAUUUAAGCUUCCAAGUAUCACAACACACAUUAAGUCAGGUAAUUACUUUGAAAUAACUGUUACUGUCAUAUCAGGAGUUCAAUCAGUCUGAGACUCCACCUGACAUGUUCAUCACUAUUGUUCACAUGUAGAGUCACCUCAAAAAGAAACCCCUGUUACAUACGAUUAAAUCAUCAUCAGACCUGUUAUUAAUCCACUUUACAAUACAUGGAUAACACUGCCUCCCCCCACUCAGUGUGUGAACAGAUUUGAGCCCGAACAGGGCAAGAGUAGAGAUGAUAACAGCUCACCUCCAUGAUCAGAUGCAAAACAAGAGCAAACUGCACACAAAUGAAAAAGCUUGUUGCUUCAAUGUUUUCUCGUUUUUCUCCUUUGUUCCUCAGCUCUCUUGUUCCUUGCCAUCAUAUAUGUAUACUCAUGAUGCCAGGAUCUAAACAAACAUCAAGAUUUGUUUGUAGAAAAUGUAGAAAUGUGUAGAAAAAAUAAUGUGGAAAGAUCAUUUACGUUUAAGUGUAAAAAAGCUGCAGAAAUGACAAGAAAUCUAAUAAAGCUCAACCAGCUUUACAUUACCAAGAAAGCAAGGAAGGUCUUGAAUGGACUGACUGUGACUUAGAUGACAGGGUUAAUGUGUGUCCUAGAGGUCAGAGUUAAGUAUAACACCGAAUCUCAGACAAAUUUCAGUACAAUGGGAAAUAUUAACAUCACCCCCUCAUGUUUGACUGUCAUUCAUGUAAAGCAGGGCUCAACUACACUAAGACAUGUUCAGCUUGGACAGUUUCUUCCAAUCACAUGACUGCUGUGCUGUACAGAACUAAAAAUAACAGAAAUAUAUGGACUCGUGCUUUCUGUGCAUAUUUAUGUUUGCUCCAUGUGAUAUACUGGCAGUGAAAUGGCUUAAACACACUUGCACAUGCUGCUUGUGUUUGUGCUUGCCGACUGUUUUCCUUAACAUGUUCAUAUUAUUUAUGGAUCAAGACACAGCUGCCAUGCAUUUAUUUCCCACAUCAGGCUGGUGUGAGCGCAUAUUUCCUUAUUUUUGGGGCACCAUUGUUUUAUUGUUUGCCACAUCCUGUCCUCCCCUUUGGCUCCCCCUCCCCCCAUGUGUGUCAUCAGAAUAUAAUCUAACCUAAAGACUGUCCUUGGUUGGUUUAUGGGGCUGUGCACACAGCUUGGGUUCAAGUCAGUGAAGUCAGGUACUUUCCUUGCUGUCUGAAACUCAAGAUCAAGGUUAGAUACUCAGAGAAGAGGAAGUGCAGGUCAGUGUGGGGUUGUUACAAAAGGGGACAGAACAACAUAAACUGCUAUUGUAAACAUUUAGAGAGUAGUUCCUAUGUGUGAGAGAUUUUAAACAAGUGUGUGUGUGUGUGUGUGUGUGUGUGUGUGUGUGUGUGUGUGUGUGUGUGUGUGUAUGCCCUGAAGAUUUCAUAAUUCUCUGUGCAAAGGACGUGUGUGUGUCCAAGUCUUCAAGUUCAGGUCUCUCACUUUAAAGCUGCAUUGAGCAAUAUCUCCAAAAGUCACAUCAAAUAACUUCUGUUAAUGCAAACCACCUCUGUCUCUCAGUCUGCGGCCUGACACCGCUUUCAAGUCGCAGUUUUUUUUUUUUCAUGGGUCUAAAUGAAACUUAACUUAUGCACCUGCUCUCAUCAAAGGAAGUGCACAACCAGCUCACGCAGGCUGCUUAUACACUUCCUGUUAGGCUCAAAAUGGCGGAGAGGCGAAGUGUCUGAUGAACGUCGAACAAAUAGCAAACCAAAGACAUCCAGAUAUUUUUCUCUCAGAAGUUGGUCGGCCAAACCAGAGCUGAAUUGGAUUUAUGUUCAACAUGUGACCAAAAAGAUGACUGCGAGUCCAGAUUCCUCUGUUUCUGCUGAAUGUGUAAGUAGUCAGUUGUUUGCCUUAAAGUUAGCUAUAGGAGCUAAUUUAAUGAGAAUCCUAAUGUUAAAAAUCAUUGCUUAAUGCAGCUUUAAUUUCAUUUUGGUUAAAACAGUGAAUAUUUUUGCCAGCAAGUGAUGAUGCACAGGAUAGAUGCCGGUGCACUCGUAGUACUAUAACUCUAACAUAUACGUCAUUUUAACCUUGGUUUGUUCCUCUAUGGUUUUGCUUGUUUUUGCGUAAAGUUUAAGAUUCCUUUGAGCUAAUUUAUGUCAGUUAUUAUUUACCACUGUUUAUUUUUUUAAAGCACAUGCUUGAUUUACAUAGCAAGUUUUGCACCGAUUUCAACCACUUUUAAAACAGUGGUUGAUUUGAUCACUAAUUUUGUUUGUUAAGUUUGAUUUUGUUCUCUUUUACAUUCUUUGCAGUUUAUGAAAUAUAUGGAAUGUUACAAAAGAGUAUAUUUCUUGAUUUUUCAUCCUGAUCUGCUCUGUCAUUUCAGCCAUUUACUCAGUGAUGUUUGGCAAAGUCAAUUGAACAUCGUGCUUUUCAUUGAUGCAGAUUUUUCCCUAAUAACAAUGACAUACCAUUGUGCACAGUAGGAACACAGUUAAGUCAUGAAAGACUGACAUCCUCAUCCUUAAAUCUCCACUAAGGAGUUUUUUUCGCUGCCUAUGACACUGAUUGAAAUUGCUAGUGGUUCCUUUUUAUGACCUACAAAAGUAAACUAGACACUAAGCAAAAAGACUCAGUACGAAAUAAGUGUAAUUUGGAGCUAUGCUUUUGGAAUCACAAUGCCUGAGGAGGGGAGAACAUUAGCAAAGACCCCCAAACUAUGUCGCGUCUACUAUGUCAAAUCUGUCCCCAAACUGACUAUCAGAGACAAUACAAUGACAAAAUCAGGCACAGCAUAAAAGGAGGAGCUGGGGUGGAGUCAGAUUGCACAGUAGUUUGUAGUAGAAAGAAAAGACGAGCUAAAGCAGCUCAAGUCAGAGGCUUAUUUUAACAUUUGCUAAUAAAAUAGGCUAAUCUCAAAUUGGCUGAGCUCAAGUUUGCUGCCUGCCUGAACUAACACUGUGAUCAAGUUUACAUUCUCCACAGCAAAUAUUUAUGAUGAGUUAAUGUUAGGAAAAGCAGGAUGGCAUAUUUUUCAUAAAAUAGGAUGUACAAAUGUACAGUGCAAAUACAUUUUCCACAGGGGCGCCAAAAUGAACACAAACUGAACUUCCUCACGAGAGCUUUAAGAUAAAACAGACUAUUUGGGGAUUUUAAGGGAUCAAUCGCAGCUGACUUAAAAUAAAGUGUUGUAGUAAAGAUUAAAGAGGAUGCUACAGUGGAUUGCAGAGCUAGAAAAUAGUAACUCUAAGCACAUUUACAUGCACAGUUAAGUCAAGCUGUGGUCUUAACUGGAUUAGUAGAUCUAACCAGACCACUGUGCUAGUCUCUUUAAUGGGUUUUUGCAGACUAGAGGUAUCAUUACAAAGCUUGAGAAAGCAUUUUUACUGACCUUUAACCGUUAUUCACCCACCUGUUACUGUCUGUUUCUACAGACAGUAACUUAGGGAUGCACUGGUGCAAAAGUUGAACUCUGGUAUCAGCUGAUAUUUGCCUUGAUGACAGACAUCCACCCCUGGAUUUGGUUAAAGUUAAAUCCACCAAAUCCACCAAUCCCCAAACUUUGCUCCUGUCAACAUACCCCGUCUUCAUAGUUUAUGUUGGUGCAGUUAUGUUUGCCUUGCGGUCCUUUUUGUCACCUUCAGCGUUCUCUCCCUUUUACAGGCCUUCUCGCCUGCUCAUUACAGCCUUUGUGGGCUUGUUAGUGCAAACUAGCGUUAGCGUACCCUUUGAGCUCAACAUUCACCCCUGCUCUCCACUUUUUAACCACCCAUCUAUAAAACGUGUUUGCCUCUUUACGACAAGGACGUAGAAAUUCUGCUGGCCUUUCAAAGCUCAUGAUUGGAGUUGUGGAGCAUCAUUAGAAGGGAUAAACAAACAGAUAGACAGGACUGAGUAAUUUCAGGUGUAAUUAAACAAACCACAUGCUGCAGUUGUUACUUUUGAAGUCUUCUGUGAGUUAUUUUUAGUUUAAUUGAACUUUAAACGAACGAGGGCUCUGCAUAAUUUAACAUGAAUAAUCAUAAAAACUGUUAACAACAUCAGCAGUAAUCUCCCUCUCAUUUCAUAAGUGUGUGUGUGUGUGUGUGUGUGUGUGUGUGUGUGUGUGUGUGUGUGUGUGUGUGUGUGUGUGUGUGUGUGUGUGUGUGUGUUAACGAGAGCCGGGGGUGUUUAUUACACUUAUCCUAAGCAGACACACUCUGCUGAGCGUACCUGCUCUGUGUUGUACUAACAAGGGCAGACUAAUAGGUGUGUGUGUGUGUGCUGCAGUAGCUCCUUGAUUGUGUGUGUAUGACCAGUUUUACAUGUGUGUACAUAAAAGGCUUGUACAUGUGUGUUUGUAUAUAGUUAUUAUGUCUGUGGAGUCCUUUGAUGAGUCUAGACAAGGGCCAGCAGUGGUUUUCUCAGACCUGGACUGUGCUCCAUCUGUUUCCCAGGAGAUGGCGACCUCUGACCCCUGUGCAAACGCCCCCCCAACCCCACCAGAGGAGCCGGAGCCCUCCCCUUCCCCUCGCAAGAAGCGCGGGCGUCGGAAACUUGAGCAAACCGAGAAGAAUAAGGGUAUAGAUUUGAUGCAAAGUCAUAUUCUCAUGAUGACUUUGUCUAUAUAUGGAGUUCUUAAGAUGUGUGCAAAAGACUUUCAAUGUUUGACAGGACAUAAGCGCUAACUAUAUAAAAUUUGAGACGCUUUAGGGGUUUGUAAUGGUCCAAAAAGUAUCAAUAAGACUAUCCUACCCCAACUACCAAGAUUACCUCUGUUAAUUAACCCGCAAUUUUAAAAUUUAAAUGACUUCCAGAUUUCAGGUUUUAGAGGCAUUUCACCUUUAAAUAUGGAUGCCUGGGCAAAGUGAUGAAAACCAUGACUUUACCUCCUCAUUAAAGCUCUUGUUAACUCUAUACAAAUGGGCCAUUUCCUGUAACUUUCCUUCUUCUGCAGACGAACCAGAUGACAGAAACUGCGACUCCCCCAGAGAGGUGAGAAACCAAGAAACUGCUUCUUCUCUUUUUACAUCAAAAAUAUGAAAAAAAAAAUCACUCAUAGUAGAAGCAGGUUUAAGAGCUGGUGUAUGACAAUCUCUUCUUGCAUUUGCGUAUGUGUGCAGGGGGAGACUGGGAGGCUGCGGAGGAGGCCGGUCCCCAGAGUGACUUUCCAGGCUGGAGAUCCAUAUUACAUCAGCAGGAGACAGAGAGAAGAAUGGCUGAGCCGCUGGAAGAUGGAGGUGGGAGAGAAACAGGUCUCUGUCUGUGUGAAUUUUUCAGCUUCAGUCUCAUGAAGGCUCUUUUUUUUUAUUUUGGAGCCCUGUCAAAAUAAAAUACUCAGAGUUAACACCUCAAUCUGAGUAAACAGGACCAGAUUGAGAAGGGUGAAAUACAGUUUUUACAUUGUGCUGCACACUAUCAGAUGACACUUUAUGAAAUUUUAAAAUAUCUUGAAAGUGCAGCGUCCACUGUAGAAUGUAUUUUUCAGUUUUUACAGAGACAGUUGAAAAACUUAAACUGUUCACGGUGCUUUGUUUGGAAAGUAUCAUAACUACAGUAACAGACUGAUGUGGUUUUUGCUCUGUGUGGUACUGAGACUCCAAAUACGGGUAAAACUCUUUAAGAACGCUUAGCUUUGGGCAAAAAUGCUAUGCAAGAAAAUGUGACUUAUCUAGUGGUUAAAUCCAUGUUUCACGGUAACUAAUUGAUUUUUUUCUGUUGUCUAUUUUUGUUUGUUGUUCAUUUGACUCCAAUAAAAGGAGAGAGCGGUUAUAAAAAUGAACUGCUGAAGGUUUAUUUUCUGUUUCAAAUGGGAGUGAAGCCAGUCUAAGUUGCUGCUAUGCUCACACGACAUACUCUUCUCACCAUAACAUACAUCUUCCUGUCAUCAUUGUUGUGAUCUUAUUUCUGUGCUACUAUAUUAUUUACCUUAGAGCUUUUCUUUCAUCAGCUGCUUCUGUGAAUAACACAUUUACAAAAGCCCCACCCCUGCUCAAACACCCACCUGUAGACCCUGAUAGAUCCUUCCUCAGAGGAUGACAGUUAUCACCAACAACCCCUAUACACUGCUUUGUUGACAUACUGUAGGUGCUCAAAGGUAGUAAUAUGAUCAGAGCCUACAUUUCAAGCAUCCUCUCUUGUAUUCUGUAUUUGCUAUUAACCAAAUCUGAAUAGGCUGGCUGAAUCAACUAAUACAACCAGGUAUCUGAAGCUCUAAUAGAGUGAUGUUUUCUGGGUGUGACUUUGAGGUCAAAGAUCACACUUUCAGCACUUUUUAUGGUGCUUUUAUCAGUUUCAUCACAGUGCAGCAAAUACCAUCAAUGCUCCUUCGGAAUGCCAGAAAACUGUUUUGUUGUCUUAUCAGGACAGUGUCUCUUUCAAAGCCAGUCUUAGAAAUGGUUGUGAUGCAGUGUAAAAUUUAAAUACAGAAUUUUUUACCGUAUGUAAAUCAUUCAGCCUCUCAACCUUAUUACAUAGUAAUAAUAAUAAUAAUAAUAAUAAUAACAGAGUGGAAACUGGACAAUUUUGUAGAUCUAUAAAAAAUAAUUGCGCAAGUAAAGACAUGCUUAUUUUAAAAUUGAUGCCUGCAACAUGUUUCCAAAAAGUUAGGACAUAAUGACAAAACUUUGAAAAGUUGUGAAAUGUUAUUAAAAUAAAACCUUGAGGAACAUUGUCCAACAGGUUAGCUUGUUUUGCAACAGGUUAGCAAUGUAGCUGUGUAGAAAAAGAGAGUAUAAAAAGAGAGGCUCAAUCUCUUUGGGGUAAAGAUGGGAAGAAUCUCGCCACUCUGUGAGAGAGUGUGAGCAAAUAUUUCAACACUUUCACAUUAAUGUUCCUUGGAGUCAAGAUGCAAAGAAAUGGAAGAUUUCAUCAUCUAAAGUGAAUAAUGAGAUGAAUAGAUUCUCUGCAAAGGCAGCAAGGUCGGAAAACCAACACUGGAAGGCCCUCAUUGCAUCAUAAACAGACAUGACUCUGUAGUGGAAGUCACCACAUAUCCCCCAACUUGAAAAAGUACAAAGUCACACUAUCAGAGAGUGAAUAUAUCAUUUCUUUAAAUUUUGGCAGUAUAAAUGCCAUAGAGCACAUCAAGAAUAAUACAAACAUUCCCUUAGCUUUGACCUGUUUGAACCCAACUUUGAUCACAUGUCAGAGGACUUAUGUCUGUUUUUAGUCAAACAGUAAAGACCCUCUCAACAGAACCAAACCACUGAAAAUCCAAUUAUAUUUAUUUGUUUCUCAGCAUUCAUCACACACUUUUGUUUUGCUGUCCUCCUGCCCUUUUUUAGUCUGUAGACUUUAUUUGUUUACUUUGGAAGGGAGUGGACUUCCCUAACAAACACACACACGCGCGCACACACACACACAAUGUGUUUCUGCUAGAAGUGGAAAGAGGACUGAGCUUUUCAACUCAAUUUGCUUCUUGCAGUGACUCAACACUCAACAGUGGAGUGACAUUGAAAUAGAAAAGGGUGCUUUACCCUCCAGAGGCUGAAAAUCCUUGCCAUUCACUGUUUUCUUUUAUAUAAAAAAAUCUGGCUUUUUGUUUGAUUCUGGCAUGCCUCAGCCUAAGGUUUACAUUUUAGCACCAUUAUGUUGCUCUAAAACUGGGUUCCUGACCUUUUCUGUUCCCUGCAGUCCUGCUACAUGGGCUCAGAGGCUUUCACUGACUUUGAGUUCUUACUGCUGUGGGAACAGCUGCUGGUUGAAUUCAUGGCAUGUCAUGCUAUGAGAGAUAGUGAUCCUCAGAUUGCUGAUGAUUAGACUCUGUCCCUCUGAUCUGUUUUCAUUUAAGGAGGCAUUAAUUUUAACUCACCGUUUCAGCAUAUAGAUCUGGUCUGUUGCUGCAAAUGACGUUUGUCUUCAGUUAAUCAAUAGACAGUAACUGGAAUUAAGCUCUGAAUAACUGACAUUUAUUAGCACUAACACUCAGAUCAAACAAUUUAAACAUACAUUUUCAUUCAUUCAUUCAUUCAUGUUUAUUUAUUUCAUUUCAUUCAUGAUACAUGAUAUAAUACAUUGCACUCAUCCCUUUUUUUAUUAUUAUUUCUUUUUUUUUUCUCAUGUAAUCAUGUGAAAUGAAAAGGAGCAGACAGAAGACAAGUCUUAUGUACGACUGCCCCUUCACUACAACACAUUUAUCUAUGGCAACCAGCCAGCAAUUGAUCAAAAUAUUAUAUAGUUAAGGUCCAAAAAAUACCACAAACAAAACAAACAAAAGAAAAAAAACAAAAACAAACAAAAAAAACAAUAACAAAAAAACAAACUGACAAAUCAUCAGUCAUCCACUUCAUCCAAUUCAUAAUUUUUGAUUUUCCUUCUUUUAAACUUUUUCUUAAACUGAAACACUGUUGUACAACUCUUCAACUCAGUAUUUUGCGAAUUCCAUAACUUAAUACCUGCAACAGAAAUACACAUCUGCUUUAGCGUCGUCCGAGCAAACUGGUGUUUAAAAUCAUAUGGUCUCAUGAGGUUUUCACUCUCUGAGCUGAUUUCAAAUAACCCUUGCAGCUGUUUUGGUAAAACUUUGUCUUUCGCUCUGAACACCACCAGAAGUGUUCUUAGCUCCAUUAAGUGUGUUAUUUUCAGUAAACCUGACAACAUGAAAAGUCUAUUGGUAUGUGCUCUGUAAUCUUCUUUAUAAAUAAUUCUCAAUGCUCUUUUUUGUAACUUAAUCAGGGGAGUAAUAUUCGUCUUGUAUGUAUUGCCCCAUACUUCCAAACAAUAAGUAAAAUAUGGUAAAACCAGUGAACAAUACAACAUUCUCAAAGUGCUUGUAUCCAAAUCAUAUUUUACUUUGUUCAAAAUAAAAAGGCUCUUGGCCACUUUGGCUUUUACAUGUGAUAUAUGGUUUUUCCAUGUCAAUUUGUCAUCUAAUAUGAUCCCCAAAAACUUAAAUUCAUAAACUCUCUCAAUGUUUAUAGUAAGUUGAAUUUCAUUCUUUUUUCGAUUAGAGAAAAUCAUAAACUUCGUUUUUUUUACAUUUAACGAUAACUUGUUUCUAUUAAACCACUUUUAAAUUUUAACCAUCUCAUUUUUUAUAUUUUUUGCUAUCUCAUUUAAAUUAUCCCCUGAACAAAAAAAGGUAGUAUCAUCUGCGAAUAACACAAAAUGCAUUAAAUUAGACACUUGACAAAUAUCCCAAAACUGAGCCCUGUGGUACUCCACAUUCCAGCUUCAUACAUUCUGAUUUAUAACCCUCUAACAUAACAUAUUGCUGCCUGUUGUGAAGAUAACUGAUCAACCAGUCUAGUACAACACCUCUCACACCAAAAUUAUUCAAUUUGCUUAUUAAUAUUGUAUGAUUGAUUGUAUCAAAGGCUUUCUUUAAAUCGAUAAAAACCCCAAUUGUGUGUUUAUGAUCAUCUAUUGCUUGUGUUAUUUCUUCAGUUAUUCUCAUGAGUGCUAAUGCUGUGGACCGUUUGGUUCGAAAACCAUACUGACUCUCACUUAGCAGAUUAUUCUUUUCGAUAAAUGAAUCCAAUCUUUGUACGUACAAGUUUUCCAACACUUUUGAAAACUGGGGGAGUAAUUUUGAAUGAUUAAAUCUAGUUAUUAUUUGAUCAUGCAGUCUAGAGAAUUUUACACCACAUUGAGUUGCAGGAGGAAGAGGGAGGACUCCGUUUCUGCUGUGUUUGUGGAUGGAAACAAACAAUGGAACAACAAUCAAAACAAACAUCUUUUCUCUGCUAUUUACUGGAUAUCAGGAGGAGUGAAAUAUGCAUGUAUUAACAAUUAGAACAUUCAGUCACACCUCAUGAAAUCCAGCAAAUGGUGGAGAAGAUAUGUUUGUUUUCAUUGUUGUUUCAUUGUGCCACUGUUUCCCCAUGAAUCAGUAAAAGUGAUGGGUGGCAGGUUAGGUUACCUAUGUAAAAAUGUAGACUCUGAAUGUAAGAUGACCCCAAAUUUUCACUGAUAUUUGAAAAGAAAAAAAUACUUUACUCAGACCAAUUUGUUUACUUUUUAUAGGCCAUUUUCCCCAUCUUUAUCAGAUGAGCAAUUACAUAUGAAACCAGCCAACAGUGAUAGAUACCAAGUAGCAUAGUUGCAACGUUAUUCGGCUUUUUACCUCAGCUUUCCAUUGUAACCAGCCCUUAGGAUUGUGGGUAAAAUGACACACUCACCAUUCUCACACCUCUUUUAUUUUCAUCAUAUUAGCAAAAAAAAAAAAAAAAAAUCUCUAAUAACCCACGACAGCGGCAAGGCUGGAUUUUAAAAAAGAACAAAGUAGAUUAUUUAUUAUUUUUUCCACCAGGAGCUGGUAGAGACCAAAAACAGAGCAAAAAAAAAAAAAAGGGAAAAUUGGACUUGCUGUCCGGGGAUACAAAUUCUCUGUGAAUGCUUAUGCUGCUGUGUAUCUGCAGCAUUUCUAAAGCCUAAAGCCCACAGGAUCUGUGUUGAUGGCGUUCUGUCAGCGUCGCAUCGCUGCUCGUCAAGCAGCACUCUUCAUCGCACACAGGAUGCAUAUUUGGAGCGUGGCAGCAGGGUAGUGUAGCCCCGGUCAGCUGGGCUCAAUAUAGAGGAAACAACAUGUUUACAGCAGGUUGUUUUGCCUUUCUGCGGUCUAUGUCCUGCUAAUUUGGAUAUAAUUCAGUGACUUUUGAGCUUCUAUUGUAUGUAAAAAAGCAACAUGAUUCUACAGUUUUGGUAUUUGCAGGUUAACUCGUGUUUAAUAAAGUAAACUAUGCUCCUUUAUGCAGUGCUGUUACCUUCAGACAGAGUCAGCAGUUAAAAGUCCUGUUGGGGUCCACAUAGAUCCAGAAUUGACCAUUGGAUUACUCUGUGUUACUGAUAAAUCCAUAACCAGGAAGUAUUUCUCAUCUACACAAACUGAUACACAGAUGGGAGUUUGCAUAUGGUGUUUUAUUUUGAAAUUUGUCGGAUGACAUGCAUGGUUUCCGUGCUUGACAUCCUGUCUAGAAUGAUCCUCUCUGUGUAGCUUGAUGUGUGCUGGAAGUGUAGCGCAGCAAAAAUAGACUUGGCGCAUAUCUUUAGCUCGACACGCUUCUGAGAUGGAGCUGCGAAGCUUCCUGUGUGCGAUGCUGCAUUGAUUAGAAUGGCAACCUAUUCGCUGUUUGACACGCAACACCACAACGCUGAUGAAAUGCGCUCACCAUGGAUCCUGUGUUUUAGGCUUUAGGCUUAACACGGCUAAAGCAAGUUCAACACUCAAACUUUAAAUGUGAUCAGUGUGCAUUUUACAGCCUGUUUCUCUGAAACUUCUCUGGCUAAAACAGCACAUAAAUCCAUCCCAUGAUCACAUGUAUUCACAUAAAAAUAUAGAUAAAGAGGACACAACAAUAACAUACAGUGACUGAGCUGAUAUGCUAUUAACAAAUGAGUGAAGUGAAUGUAUAGUCUACAAUGUGUGUACAAAGGGAAGUUAAAAGUGAAAGAUGAAUCCACUGAGAGACAGGAUGUGUGUGUGGUCAUGAGCUGAGGAGAGAAAGUCAUUCAUGGGUUGAUUGACAAAGUGCUGCCUGAAAACACAAGGAGAUGUGAGAGUGUGUGAAGUAAAGCAGGAGUGUGUGAGAGACACUCUGAGCAGACAGCAAACUCGCUUUCCUGCUGCUUCUUCUUUUUCUCGUGUUUGAACCGGCCCUGCUGCAGACUGUGUUUGAUGGACACAAGUCUCAAUUAUCUCUCCACAAGAACUAAAAAAGCAGCUUGUAUCUGUCAGAGUACCUGAAUCUUACUGAGGUAGUGUGCAUCUGUUGGGCAAGGGCUUUCUUGCUUUAACUUGUUACUUACCUGACGCCUUACCUUUGCUAAAUGUAUGAUGUGUAUUUGAAAUGACUGCAGUAAAAGAAACGGAGAACACGUUUUGUUUUGUAAUGAGGUGCAGAUUUAAGGGACAAAAGAGGAGUGAUGAAAGGACUAAAGGAAAGGAUGGCAGAGGGAAGUAAGCGGAACAAUGCAGUAAAUUAGACUCACAAACAAAUCCACGAAGGAAAUAACAGAAGGAAAGAGGUUGCAAAACAAAACGUACAAAAAGUUUAGAAUAAAUUCACACUUUAGUCAAGUGUGAAUUCACACUCAAAAACUCUGAGAAACACAGUGGAGCUGGAAAGCUCAACCAGCUGAAUAAGGAGGAGGAGAGACAGAAGUGGAUUACAUCUUUUUUAGAGUAUGUUUUUAUUCAUAUUCAGGGACGCUCUCAAGUAGGGUCAGAUGAUCUUAUGAUCUUAAGUUUAGCAGAGCACCUAGCAGAGAGGGAUAUGAUAGAGAGAUGCUUCCCAGUAAAGGAACUAUUUCCUGUAUUUUAAUGUUAUUGACAAUUAAUAAAAUGGUUUACCUGCAGGCAUCAUGAUUCAUCAUGACAACUUUUCCAAGAAAAGUUUAUUUUGUCACUAAUUAUUCAUUGAACAUUUAUUCUUUCUCACUGCUCCUUCAACUGUUUUUAUUCAGAUCUGUGAUUUACAAUCUCGUAAAAGUAGCUCAAACUUCAAAAUAAAAGCCUAGUUUACAAAGAUGAAAGAAUCGACCUAAAUGUAAGAGAGAAAAAAAUGUCAGAAUAAAAGUAUGGCAAACAUUAAUAUAUAUCUUUUAAAAAGUUUCUCUUAGAAAGAAUCAUAAAUUUGACCAUAAUUGGGUAUGAUGGAUGAUGACACGGAUGGAUGAUAAGUUGAUUGUGUCUAUUCGUAAAAUGUAUGGACUUGUAAUGUUUAUAAAAAUUUAUAUCAUGUUGCCCUACCCUUUUUUUCUUUUCUCAGUUCUACUCACUGUGUUUUUGUCUAUUCAAAGUUUUCUACAACUAUUGUGAUAAUAUUGUUAUUGUCCUGGUAAUUGUAAGGUGAAAAUCUGGUACUGUGACAGCCCUACCUUAAAAUUAAAGCACAGUGUGAAAACAGGAUGUGUCUCCAUAGAAAGAGGAGACCAGGCUUUUGCUUUGAAACUGAUUUUGCAAGUGUUUUUGCUGUAACUUAAAUGUUAGUGACAUCAAUCGAGCUGAUAAAAAGCCAGUACAGCUCUUACCUUAACAAUUUUCUGUCAGUCUUGAAUGUGAUCUCUGAGCCUUUGAAUAGAGUCCUCUAUUCUGAAGAUUUUCAGCUCAUGACACAGAUGUGAAAGGCACUGCUCACUAUGACAGUCUGAAUGACAGCCACUACCAUUUUUUCAGUGAUGCAGCAAGAAUACAGUUGGCUGUAGAAAUUCAAGCAAGAUCAGGGUUAACCAUACUAAACUGUAACCAAACAGUCAAAUGACUCCAACUGCAUGAUGUCUCCAAGCUUGUAUGAAGUGGUUUUAAAUCUAAGAAGGUGAGAAUGCUCUAGUUAAGACUCUUAUAUUUGUGCAAAUGCAAAUUGCAGAGGAGAGAGGAGGGAAAAUGUUUAGAUGGAGUAAAGACACUAGGUAAAGGAAAAGGAAACCAGUACAAAGCAAUGGGUGGGAGGAAAGAAGAUGUGGAGGUAAAGCCAGUGAAGAAAAAAAGUUUAAUAAAAGCAGACGUGAAAAUAAGAGAUAGAAAAGAAAAGGAAAAAGUCUAAAAUGAGACAAAAAGAAAGGAACAAAGGUUAUUGACUCAGUGAAAGAGAAAAAAAGAAGUCACACUGUGUUUGUGUGCAGAGAUUGAGGUGAAAUCAGUGAUGGAGACAGAGGUUAACCAGUUCCAGGUUUCCUUUGUGUGUGUGUGUGUGUGUGUGUGUGUGUGUGUGUGUGUGUGUGUGUGUGUGUGUGUGUGUGUGUGUGUGUGUGUGUGUGUGCUUCCUCUGUCAGUUGAACUGCAGCCAGCUGUUCACACCCCCAUCAACAUCACAUCUUACUGCAGUCUGCAGAGGGAAACCUGGUAACCCUGCAAAGAGUUCUCCAUUUUGGAUGACAACAAAAAAACCUGGCAUCUUUUCUCCUCACAUCUAAAGUUACAACCAGGAAAAGAAACCCUGAAAGGAGGUGAAGUGUGCUGCAUGUGUUAGAGGAAGAACUUAAUAUCUCCCUUUAAAAUCAACAUGGCUUUGACCUCAUUUUCUGCUGAUUUGGUUAGACAAGUUACACAUGGUGCACAAAUGUAGCCAUGACCUUGUUUUGACCUCUAGCCACACUGUAAGAUAUGCAGGGCAUCAAAAAGCCACAAAUAUAAACUCUGGAUUAGAUAUUAUGACUGACAUACAAGAAUAUAAUUGUGACUAUUUAAAGCACUUUGACUAUUUUAAAAAAUUUCUUGUUUCAUUUCUUACCAUUUCAUGUGUCCCUUAGGCUUUACAGACAAUCUAAAUUCAUUAUUUCCUCAUUGAAAAUGUGUAAAUCUAAAUCUGAUCAUUUUGAAUAUUCAAAAUUAUUAACAUCAACAACAUAUUAUCAUCUAUAAUUUUUUGGUACCACCACCCGCUAUGAACUGUUACUGCUGGAUAAUUAUUUUCAAUGCUUAUUGUGGGAAAAGUCUCAAAUUAUGCUCACUAUGUGACAUCACUAAUUGGUGAAACUCCUUAUAAGGGCAUAAUAAACAACACUUACCUAUUUUUUGUUGCUGGGAUUUUUUUUUUUUUUUUUUUUUUUUUGGGGGGGGGGGGUCUAAAACAACUGGUUAUGUUUUAAAAUUUGCGAAAAUUGUAGCAUGACAACAGUGGGAGAGAGGGUUCCAGAGUGCUUGGCCUCAAAGAGACAAUAGCGGAAAGAAGCAUUUUGCAGAGAGGCUGAAAUAAGGGUCUCCAAAGGCUACAGUCUCAGAGUUUUUUGAGCUGUGAAUCAUAAAAAGCUCAUUAACAAGAAAAAAUACUAUUUUUAAAAAUUGUAUUUAAUGGCUGAAACCUCUAACAGGGGGUAGGUGUCAGACCAGGUUUAUGUACAUUGCUAGUAAAGCCCCUUUCUAUGGCAAAGACUUUUGAAAGAGGGGGAUGCACAUGUUGUGAAGAAACAAAUUACACACGAACAGAAUAAAACCAGCAAGGGCUGCAAGGACUACAGGGGGCGCCAAAACCAUUACAAACUGAAAGAUCCUCGCAGGAGCUUUAAGGUCAGUCUAUGAAAUCAGUUGGUGUUGCGAAAACCUCCUGUCAGUAGAGUGACUUAUUGGUUAAAUUUUAAGUAAAAUGGGUGAGCUACACAAAAAUUUGUGUCUCAUAUAUAUUUGCCACGAACAGAGAAAUUAGCUUUUCUGUACUGGGCUGUAAACGUGCAUUUCUGCUUUAAAGAUGGGGUUCAAAGGGAGUGGUCACUCCAAAAACUGCAGUUUGUUCCACUUCUGCACUUGCUUCAUUGAUUGGCUGUAAAGGUUCUUGGUUUGUCAGUUUUGUGAUGAUGUGCUUGUUUUGGAGAGCGUCUGUCCCCUUGUGGCCAAUGAAGUAAAUGAAUGCAGCUGUGAAUGACUUGAACUGGACUCAGCAUCAGAGUUGUAACUGAGGAGAGUUUCCCACUUAUUUCAUACAAUCAGAGCAGAGACGUGAUGUCAGCCUCUUUAUUUUCCUCUCUGUAACUCUAAACUGUCUCAUCUGACUCUGUGUAACUGAGUCUCACAGUAAUGCCUACUCUCCUGUGCGUGUAUGUGAGGUCGUGACCCUGACACAUUCUGUUGCCUUGUCAACUCAGAGGCUUACCUAACCUUUGACCCCUGUGCACAUACACACCACACAGACACACAUGUAAACACUCUGAGGAUUUGUGUGCAUGUCUGUCGUCAUCACCCUAAAACCUCUUGGGCUACCAGACAUAACUCUGCACUGACACUCUGCAUGCAUGUGUGUGUUGUUGGAGUUCACCUAAACAUCUGUUAGGUGAAGGAGCCAGUAAAUCACACACUCCAAUGCCGGCCAAUGAGCGCAGAGAGAGAGGGUGAGGAGGACUUGAGGGCGAGGAGACGCAGACACAGAGAGGAGUGUAGGAGAGAGGAAGAAGGGUUGGAGGAGAGAGAGAGAGAGAGAGAGCGAUGAAGAAAAUGACAGAGAGGAAGAGAGCCAGGGAGGAAGGGUUGCAUUUAAAAAGCUGCCAUGUGUGGUCUGUAAGUGAUUUUAUUAUUUUUCUUCUGCCUUUUUUGUCUGUGUAGGCUUUGCAGAGUUCACAAGUAGGUGGAAAAAUGUAGGUUUGAUUUAAAAACAUCACGUGGCUCAAACUCUUUCUGUUACCAAAAAGUUUGAUCUUGGAAACAUGUGUCCUUAUGGGUGCCAGCAAGCUUUUGUUGGCUGAAUGAAGUCGUAUCUUUUGCAGGUUUUUGAAGCUUUCUGUUUGCUAAGUGCUUGAAAUCUAAAUUUAAUUUCUUCACUUUCUGGUCAUUUGUUCGUUUAUUUCACUGGAGAACAGUGGGAGAUGGCAGCAGAGUCAUGUUAAUAUGUAAAUAACAACAGCACUGCUCCCUCGAUUGUGAGCAUGCCCAAACAUAAGAACUCAUAACUCGUGAUGCAUGAGGAGGUUGACAUCCAUGGUUAAUAAAAUGUGUAGUCCUCUGAAUGUAGCUUGGUCUGAAAGAGGGAGGUUUACUGAUCUUUUAGAGUGCAGUUCAACAUUCAGUCUUAUUCUUCUUGUUUUGCAGUGAGAACAGAAACAGUUUCAGUCUUUACAAAAAAAAAAAAAGUUUGGGUCCAUUUAGGGAGUGAGUUAAACACUCUUAUAUAAGCAUGUUUUCAUUUUGCCCUCCGUGUUUAUCAUCAUAAGACCCAUUCAAUCUCUGUCUCCUGCAGACCUCCACACUUGUACUUAUUUCAUUCCUUCAAUUUGCCCAUGACAGAAGAAUAAAAAAACCCAGAGUAAAACUUUUUUAGGCUUUGAGCAAAACAAAACAACCUCCACUUAUGACCCCUCAGUAAAUGUUGCAAACUGUAUAGUCCUGACCGGUGUGGACCAGUUCAGUAAAAGGCUGUACUUCCUUUCUUGAUAAAGACUGAAGAAUCUACAUUUUUAACUUUUUUGUGCAAAAACUAAAAAUGUGAGAGACGUUAGAGGUUAUAUUUAUCAGUGUUGCAUUUGUUAGUUUUUCUUCCUGCUCUUCUUCUCUGUUAAUCUCCCUGUUAAUUUAUCUGGUGACCCUUUGUAGGGGUCCUGACCUUUAGUUGGUAACAACAGAGGAGGAGCUGAAAGAACACUUAUUGUCUCUAUUAUGGAUAAACUUCAGAGGAGAUUAACACCCCACCUCUAUCGUUGUUUAUUGCUUGCAUCAAAUUUCUUGUUGAAUUAGAAUUUUUAUUCUAGAAAAAAGGUAAACUUCUUGCACUAAAAAGGAUAAGAUUCACAUCAAUUAUUACUCUGGAUCAGGCAUAGCCAGCUGUCGGUAAAAGUUCAACUAAAAUUGAACCACACCGACUGAAGCAUAAAGCAGCAUGGAUAACUUCAUGUUUUUGUAUGGUUUUAUGAGAAAAAGGCAACAAUAAUCAAACAUAUUUUGAAUAAUCUAACUCACACAAUAGUUUAGAAAACAUAUAAACAGGAAAAAGCUUUAGGUAUUUCUUUUCUGUUUUUUAACAGACUGGAAACAUGUUAAUAAGAUACAACACCACCAAGCUACCACCUUAACUUUCCUUACAGUAGUCUGAGUUCUUUUCUAUUUAUUUAAAUUUCUGUAUUUAACCGUCAUUCAGCCUCUUUUAUGUAUAGGAUACAGCGAUCAGUUUAAACAUCUCCACUCAGGCAGCCUGGAUUCAUCAGAUUUCACCAAACAUUCAGAGUGACUAAGUAUGGAAGCCCAAAGUAGACAUACAGUACAUCCAUAUAUUUCAUUCACGAUAAGUUUAUGUCUCAAGAAUGCUGGUGUUAAGGUCCCUAAGCUCAAAAGAGAAAGAAAAAUGAGCCCAAAUCUCUAGUCAAACAUCUGAAAUCUCCCUUUACUGGUUGAUACAGGAAGGUAGGGUUAAUUAAAAGUAUGUAUGCAUGCAGGUUGAAGGCUGUUGUAACUAAAUUUUACUGUUUAAAAUCAGUCUUGAGAUUGUUUCUGCAGGGGGUGGAGAAAACCUCUGACAUAAACAUACUGCACAAUAUCCCUCUUGGGUUUUUGGCCAUCAGAUAAUCCUUUUUACAUCUGUUUAAUGACAAGAGGUAAUCUUUAAAGUCUUAGAAGUUAUCCUUAUUUUUUACUUUUUAGUCCACUUCAUGCUCAAGAAGGAUUUUGAUUAAAAACCUACAAGGCCUUUUCACUUUUCUACUUGUCCUUAACUCUCAGAAGUGUGUUGUAGUACAAAAAAAAAAAAAAACAUCAAACAACAAGGCUUCAAUCUUAACGCCUUUUUCAAAUGUUGCCUGUUUUUUCUGCUCAAUUCAUGGUUAAAAGCAUCCCUCACCGAUCUCUUCAUCAGUCAAUAGUGAUCUAACGUGUUACUCUGUAGAAAAAAAGCAUUAACACCAGAUUAUUGACCAGCAGACAGGUUAACAUGUUUGUAUCAUCCUCAGACGCUCGAGCAGAUGUUGUUUGAUCAAUUGUAUUUUUAGAGACAUCUGCAGAGCUUCAUGAAAAAGCUCUGCGAGAUUCCUUUAACAUGUCCUACAGCUACGAUCAAUGCUAAUCAAAGAGCAGUCACUCUGUCCAUGUGUGUGUGUUUGUGUGUGUGUGUGUAUGUGUUACCUAUUGACAAAGCGAGAGAGGGUCAUAACUAUUCCCUUUUAUUUCCUUUGUAUGUGUGUGUGUGUGUGUGUGUGUGUGUGUGUGUGUGUGUGUGUGUGUGUGUGUGUGUGUAUUGUUCAACAACAUCGAGUUCAUCGCCAGGUCAGGGUCGGUCAUGCUCAUAAAAGGGGCGGGGUUUAAGAAACAGCUCAUUGGUGAGGUCGCGGGGUGAUGGGUCAGAGGUCAAGGGGGAGGCGGGAACAAGAGUGAAAACACUGACCGGGCCAGGAGGUUCUGUGGAGUUCAAAGUAGUAACUCACAGAAUUACAACCUUCUUCUUCUGUGUCUCUCUUUUUGUCUGCCUUUAUUUCUCCCUCACGUGGAAACAAACAUGGCCGCUGCAUCUAUGUGCGAGCUUUAUUUUCUGUGACAAGGUUGUUUUAGUGACAGUGACUAUCAGGAAGUCAAGACUGAAGACAGUUUGGUGUUUUUAUAGAGUGUAAUAAAACAGAAUUUGGUACUUGGGUCUAGAAAAAGGAGUAAUAUUUUAAAAAAUACAACAAUAAGAUAAAGAAAGCAUUAGGUAAAUCCUACUCCAAAUUAAAAAAAAACUCAACUUUAUACUCAAUUAAACCUGCUGGUCUAUAUUAGUGUAGAGUAGUUCCAACAGAAACAGUAAACAUUCAGUUUAGUCAGACCAGAGUUUCUCUUCCACAGAAGGACCACAGCUUGAUCUGUCUGUCAUCCCUGAGUCAUCUGUAUCCCUGAAAGCAACAAAGCUUCCUAAUGUGCUGUUCAAUCAGCUGAUGUUGCUAGGCAACAGAGUGCUUAAUCCAGUGAGCAGGAUUUCGGUUGAUAUCUCACAGUUACUCAUCGGGUCAAGUUCACGUUCUGUAAAAAAAAACAAUCUGGUUCAAGUGAUAAAGAAUGAUCAAAUUUCCUUCACAACAUCACAACUCAAAAGUUUGGAUGAAACCUGAGUCACUGCUGCUUUAGAAAAACUUAAUGAAGCAAAAACAGAUAUUUGCAAUUACAAAAAUGAUAAAGAACUCAUUGAGAAGUGCAACUAACACUGUGGAGCUCAUUCUUUUAAGGGUUGUAAGCAGCAGGUUUUCAUCACAUCAACAGAAACACAGACAAGGAAAAAGCCUUCAAAUGUUGAGAACAACCAAGCCCGUAAUUAGGUUUUAAUUGAAUCUGAAGAUUAUGAUGACAAAACACUCUCAUCUGACGGGACACCGCCUGUUUUCUCUUGAUGGUGGGUUGAUUUAUCUUCUAACCUCAAGGGGACAAAGUCAUAAUACUAGAGAUGAAGAGACAAUUCAUCCUGAGGAAAAACUGGAUUAAUGAUUGCGCAUCAAUCACUGCAGUUGGUUCACUGCAGUUAUUCCAUUACAGCAGAAAAAUCUGGGUUUACAGCUGCUCAUCUUUGAAGUGUUUUAGGCAUUAGUUGUACAUCAAUGGGUGCUAUGAUGCCUGAGGGGGAAAUAUUUGUUCUACAGGGUGCCACUUUAGCUCAGCAGUGAAAUCGCCCAUCCUGUUGCAGAGGCUACAGUCCUAACAGUCAAAAGACUGGGUUCAGUCUGUACCUGAUACCCUUCACUGUACACUGAAAAAAAUAACUCAGAAGAUUUACUCAAAAAUAUAUAUUUUAAGUAUUUGCAGUCUCUUGCCAGUAUCAAGUAAAUUUUACUUUCCGUAAAACAUAACAGUUGUGAAGAUAUUAAGUAACAUUUACUGGAUUACAUCCAAGUUUUAAGUUAUAUUUAUGUAAACAAUUCAAAUAAAGUCUACUUGAGGUUCAUAGGCAGGAACCUCAUUUUACUCAAAAUUUUAAGUACAUUUUAUAUCUCUGUAGUAUUUUCUGUUAUGAAAUAAUUAAGUAGAUACUUGACAUUUUAAUUUACUUUACAAUUGGCUCCUACGACCUCUCUGACCACCACCAAACAUUACUCACAAUUAUACACCAGUGGAGGACACACGACUAGGAGUAAGGUGGUUAUGUGUCUUACCCAAGGACAUAACAGAUAGACUAAGGAUGGUUAUUGGACGACCGCUCUACCUCCUGAGCUACUGCCGCCCCCUACCUUGCUCUGUGAUCCUGUAACACCCAAGCUCGGAGCAGAGCCAGUCCUGCUGUAGGCUACAGUGCGCAUGCGUCUUGCAUAUGUUUCAAAACGCUACACUUUCAGAGUAAAGUUUAUGUGGUAUUUGUAGGUUUAUGUACAUACAUACAACUAUUACGCAUUUAAAUAGUAUAAGGAAACCUACGUAAAACUUACUCUUCCCCCCAUAAUUCAUGUAUUACUUAAGCAAAAUGUUACAUUUUACUUAAGAAAGUCUAGUUCUUAUUUAAUCUUGAAAAUACAAGGUAGAAAUUAUGACAGUUACUAAAAUAGAGUUUACUGUACCAAAAAGUCACUUUUUUCAGUGUAGGGUAUAUCCCACUUACUCCCCCUAGUUUUCUUCUCUAUUCACUGUCCUAUGAGGAACAAGUUGAACCAGUUGUUCAAGUUUUAGUUACACAACUUGUGUAAGCUGUCACGGCACUCCUGCUGUUAAAAGUUCCAAGUAUGAGUAUAGAGCUUUUGAACAAAAAGGGUUUCAUUAUGUUAGGUCAGGAUAGUCUACCACAAUGAUUUCCAGUGCUUAAAGAGUCUAUUUUUAGCUGGUUAUGAAACAUACUGGGAUUAACAGUGGUGCAUUUUACAAACUACAAAACAAACUGGACCAUUUGCACAAAGUCUGACAAUUGUGAGUUUUAAUACAUGUAUUUGUUGUACAGGGGUAGGUGUAAGACUAGACUCACAGCAGGCUGUAGAAAAAUGUUUUUUUUUCUCCCCCUCUUUAUUCACAGUAUUACAUUUGACAGUCAAAAAGCAGGAUGAGUUUUAUUCAGAAAACACUUCUGAAGGCCACUCCUCACACUUACUUUCUCUUCUCAGCUCCUCUAUCCAAAGCAUGCAAAAAAUGCUCAAAGAAAACUGUGGGAGAAGUAUCACUAAAAAAGAGACACAUAGUCCACCAGGGUGUCAAAACUGAGAUUAACUAAAAAGUUCCUGAGCUUUGGGUAAGCUUAAAGCUCCUGUUUGUAACUUUUGGCACAAAGCAGUCUGUGCUUAUCAUGCCUUUUACAAACCCUUGUUUCCUGACGAAAAAUCUUAUCCUGCUGAUUCCUGACAGUGAAUUUGCACAUGAAUCUUGAUGCUGCAGUAUUCUGUUACAGUAGUGAGUUUAUAGUACAAGACACAUCAAAUUUUGAAAUGUUCCUGAGUAUUCAUAUAGGUUAUAAAUCUGGGAUGCCACUAACAACUAUAUCUCAUACACAGUAAAUGUUUCUCUUUACACUGAACACUUUGCAAAGCUUGGUAUGGUGGAAAUCAACCACAUUAUGUGUGCAGUUAGAGUUUUGUCAUGUUGUUUUCUAGGACAGAAGCACAAGGACAAAAAGCUGAUUGUGACUCUUUGUUUCAGAAACAGUUUUUCCAGACUGUUCUUUCAAGCAGCCCAGAUGUCUUAGAAACUGGUGACGACAUAUGGAGUUUCCCUUACCAUGCACUUCUAUGUGUGUGUGUGUGUGUGUGUGUGUGUGUGUGUGUGUUGUCAGAGUAUGUUUGAGUGUGUGGUCUGCUUACGAUGCGUGUAACAGGCUGAUUAGGAUUUUAUGAGGUCAGAGGUCAACAGGAGCAGGGAACAGUGACCCUGCGGCCUCGGGGUGAAACUGAGGAGAGAGCUGUCAUGACCCAGCACCCUCACUUUUACAGUCUCUUCCACUCAAAUUUAUGCCGUCAUCCCCUCCUCUUCCUCUUCUUCUUCCUUUUGUUCUUCCCGAAGUGUUUCAGAUCACAGUUUUUGGAAUGUAACAGAUUUUUGUUUACAGUUUAGUUAAAAGAGAAACAAUUGUUUUUAUCCAGUGUUGAAAACUAGAAAGUCUUGGGAUUUUUACAUCUGGGUUGCAUUAAGAGUCUUUACAUAUAUUAACCAGUUAGGUCAUAAUUAUCUUUAAAGUGUUUCCUAGCUGGACUUGUCAUCACUUGUCGGUCAAAAAACUUUUGAAUUUCAGCCAAAGACUGUAGAAAUAAUGGAUGUUGGCUUAGUGAGCUCACUUUUUAGCUUUUGAAGAGGAGUUAUGAAGCUCAACGACAGCAGCAGUCAAAUUGGAUUGAACUUAUUUUCCUCAGUGCGACAUAUCUACAGCCAGGUGAGCUUAAUGUAAUAAAAAAGAGCCGAGCAGUCAAACAAAUCUGGGCAACUGCUGCAGCUUCACUAAACAGGCCAAAUCAUGAAGAAAUCACAGCAAAGCCUUUCCUGUAUUAUUAUGGUUUCUCUUAACAAGUUUAAUGGGACAGCUGAGCUUGCACACCUUGCUGCAGCCUGUCAAAGUCUGACUGUAUAGUAGACCAAGCAAAUCUGAUCUCUGAUGUAACGUCCAAUAACGAACGGUACUUUGAUUUCCUGAAUGCUAGAGCGCUAAAUCUGACUUACUUUCAACAGGAAAAAAACGUUUCUAAUUAUAAAUAUACUUUGGUUGAAUACUAAUUCAGAGAGUGUCCCUCCUCUGAUGAGACCCUGUUUUGAUUGGUGUUUUUCUCAGAUUUUAACACCUGGUUCAACUUGAUACCAGAUUCUAAUUGGCUCAGUGAAAUACUUUAGAGACGGGCAAUGUUUUAAAUGAAAAUGAGUCGAAUUCAACGACUGUAUUGACUAAAACAAGACACUGAUGGCAUUUUAAAAAAACUGUUUUAAUAUAGCUGCCAAAAUGAAUAUGACCAGGAUACUGUAACUGUUUAAAAUAACAUCCUGUUUAAUUUAGCCUCAUAGUGACGAUAGAUACAAAACUUUUCCUUGAAUUCAGCUCUCUGUUUUUAAACUGUUUAACACUGUUUGGUAUGUAAAUAUAAGUGAAAUGCUACAUGUCUCAUUUGGGCUUGUACUUACAGUAGGGGUGUAAAAUAUGAAGUCGAAUGUUAGCACAAGGAAAGUUUCCUGGAGUCAAAUUCUGUCUGUCUACACAAACCUUGGUUCUGAUUCUGAUUUAAAGACAUAAGGCUGCUAAUUUCUUUGCAGCUGUGCUUAAAGACAUGCAAUUGCAAUUAUAAGACUGUGUUGUACUUUAUGAAGGUAUUAUAUAACUCAAGUAAAAAGGUUGAAAUGCUGAAGGUUAAAUCCUAAUAGCAGCAUUAAAAACAAAUUAUCAAUUAAAAAAAACCUGACUUAAAAUGAUCAGGAAGAGACAGCAUCUCCUUCUCUCUUUCUCUCUCUCAUUCUCUCUCUCUCUGUCUUUCUCUUAUUCUUCUGAACAUGCUCCUCUUUCUUUCUGUAUUCCAUCUCUCAGUUUUAUAAUAUAAUCCUAUUUACUCUCUCUCCCUCUCUCUCUCUUUGUCUCCUCUCUGUCCUUCUCUCUCCUUUCUGAGCUGAACCCGAUGAACUGCCUCCCCACCGCACCCUUCUCUCCCUGCUCACUUCCUGUUUAGAGGAACAAUUAAAGGAUUGUUCCUACAGCCCGGGGCACUAAAAGGCCCUGAUCUAAUGCAGCCACCACAUCAGCUGGAAAGAGACGCAGAAAACAUCAAUUACAUACCAGGACCUCCUUGAAGAACGGUGUUUGCCCAUAGACCAUCAGGGAUCAGAAUAAAGGUUGUGAUAGAUGAACAGUUGAUUGGGAUGAUGCUCAGGGUCAGAUGUGAUCAAUAACUAUGACAUCCAAAGGUUAGAGCUGACAUAAGGCUGCAGCAGAGAGAAACUUGGUGUCAAAACUUUCCCUGGGACUCAGAAUUUAGCUUAGUUAAGUUUUGCUGCAUAAUGUUGGCAUGUGUAGAGACACAUCAACACUCGAACCCAAUUUUAAAACUAUUUUUGUUUCAUAACAAAAGUGUUAAUCAGACAAAAGUUAGCUGGUUAUACAAUAAAUCAAUCAGAUCUGAUUACACUGGCACCAAAUCGAGGUAAAUGAAAGAAUGUAGAAGAAAAAGAGACUAGCAGGUCACUUCUUCUCCCUCUAUGAUUUUACAGAGCAAGAUAUCAAGGAAAUAUUUUUUUUCCCAAACUUUUUUUAUUUAAUUUUGUAGGAAAUAUGAACAAAAUAAAUAAAAUAAUAGAAGUUGUUAGUUGUGCUGUCCCAUUAUCAUACUUCAUACUUGUUGCUUUAAAUCAUGUUUUCCUCCUCUUUUAAUCUACAGAGCUACAACUGAAGUAUUACAUCUAAAACGGUCACACAGCUCAUGAAAAACCAUGGAAACAAAUCAGUUCAAGGGAACAAAUGAGGCUAAGACCAGGGGGGUAUUUCACGAAGCUGGCUAAAGAAGGCUGGGCUAUCGCCGGUAAGCAUGGCUUGAAUAAGCGGCCACUUUAAUCUUAGCUGCGACUUGUUCCACUAACGAGGCUCAGCUGUUUUCCAGGGAUGCUUAUUUAAGCCAGGCUGAUCCUAUGGCUAUGUGCGCCUCCGCGGUACAUAAAAAGCGCCGACGUAUCGAUUGUCGAAAUGACGAGAUCAUAGAAAAAAAAAGGGCAGAGCGGAGUCUUUCUCAGCGGCGGAGCAAACACUCCUCAUGGAGUUGUAUAAAGAGUACAAGGGAAAAAUUCAAAAGAAGGGCAACACUGUUGCCAUUGUGAAAGCCAGGGAGAUGGCGUGGUUAAGUAUCGCAGACUGUUUAAAUUCGUAAGUUAUAGCCGACAAAUAUUUUACAACCGACGUAUGUCUCGAUGCAGUCAGCCUGCUUGGCUGUCUAAUUUUAGUCCUCACUUCUGGGUAUGUACUCACUUAUACAGUCUGUCAGCCUCUGUGCAGCACCUUCGCAGCAAGCAGGGGCGCCUACAGCAGUAGGGGGCGCCAAUUUGACAAGAGUAAAUACAAAACCGCUGUGCGGUGCAGAUUUAUUAUUAUUAUUUUUUUUCUUUCUUUUUUGGAAGUGCUCAUGCCACCCCCCAUGAGUCAUGACACAAAUGCUGCCCCGGGCCAAAAAUUGCUUCUGCACUGUAGGCAUAAUUCAUGUUCUUGAUUUGACAAAUAGAUAUCCAUAAUGGAUUAGUAUAGCAGCUACAGGUAAGACCUAAAACCAAAGUAGGCAAACUUAGACAAAAAGUGAAGAAAAACAUGUACCUGGAGAUGUUGCGAUGACAUGACAUGCGAUUCACAAAGCGUCUUCUGGAAGCCCGUCGGACCUUCUCUGAGACGCAGCUAAGGUUAGCUUGACCGUAAGCCUGCCUGGGACCAGGCUUGUCGCGCUGGCUGAGUUACCAUGGUUACCAAGCCAUGCUAGACCUAAGCCUCGUUUGUGGAACCGAACUCUCACUAAAAUUAGCCAAGCUAACCGAAAUAAGCCAGGCUUUGAGCUAAGCCAGCUUCGUGGAAUACCCCACUGGUCAAAACCUGAUGGGAUCUUGUGUGUGGUGUGAAUGGGUGAAUGUGACGUGAUGUAAAUAAAGGAUAUGAACAUAGUUUAUUUACUAUUAUCAUGAAUGCAAAAAGCAACAACAACAAAAAGCCACCACAACAAUGUGAUCUAUGCGUCAUAUGGACUGUCAGAAAUAAUUUGUUUAGAUAUUCAAAGACAAUAAACCAUGAAUCCUAGAUAUAUCCUUAGAUAAUCCUUAGAUAUUCAAAGAAUAUAAACCGUGAAUCCUAUUCCCCCUUUAUGUUUUGUCUUUCCAUAAAGGGGCUGGCGAUAUGAAAAAAAAUUCAUAUCACUUUUUUCUUUUUGCAAAAUCACGAUCAUGAUUUUAUCACGAUUUUUUCGAAAAAUAGAAAUAAUAAAUAAAAUAAAAUAUCCAGAUUGUAACAACAAACAGUAUAACAUUUAUAUUAACUGGCUGGUCUCAUUCUCAAAUAAGUUUGAACCUAAAAUAAGACUUCACACACAAAAGUCAACAUUUACAAAAAUAAAAGGGAGCCUUAUAGUCUUGUUACAAAUCAAAUACAAAUCACUUAAAACUAAUUUACAAUACAUGACAGAUAUAGAACAUUUUCUUAUCUUUUUCUCUUUUUUUUGGCUGGUUCUUUUAUUUUUGGUCAUAACUUAACAGCUCAAAAAUCUCUCUUUCCACUUUUCUCUCUUUUCCUCUCCGCUCCACUGUUGUAUUUAACAUUACUUGUUUUUGUUGUUGUUUUUGUUAAUUAAUUAUUAUCUCACAAGUCACAAAGAUGAAUUUGGCAAAGCUCUGUUGCUUCUAUUAAAUCUUACCGCUCCUUGCUAAAACCUGACACCAUAGUCUGGCCACUUCCUGGCUCGUUUGCAUACUAAACAGUGAUUAGGUAUUUAAUAAGGAUUGUGUGUGUGAGUGAGCCUGAGAAGAUACACAUGCAGCAGAGUGGAGGGACCAUAAACUGUAUAUAGCAUGGACACCAUCUGCCUCCUCACUGGAUGAAGCUGCCCUGAGAACAGCACCCUCUGGUGAUGGGCUGCAGUAUAGGUCAUAAAUCCUGCCUCCUCCAGCAGUCAUUAUGGAGCUGUGGACAAAAUUUAGAAAUUUAUUUCAUAGAAUUUUUUUUUUUUCUCCUCCCUGGUUGCAAUGUUGACAUGUAGUUACAGUAAGACUGGUUUGUGCUCAAGUCCUCUUUUUUCUGUUCAGCUCCAUUUUUAAAAGUUCUUAGGGGGUUCAUGUUUUCUAUGAUUGACACUUGAUACAGCCUAUUGGCGUAUGAAGAUUGUGUAGCUCACCCGGGGUAUAUGCUGUUUGAGCCGAGCAUCAUCACAGCAACUCUCGGUGACUCUCACGCCGAAUGUGUAAAACGCUACGGCACAAUGUUGGUUUCAGGAAGUGGAGAAAAAACCUGGAAAUACUGAGAGCUUUUUGGCUUCAAAUCUGUAUACUGGCAGAACCAAGUUGUCCAUGUAUAUACAGUCUAUGGAAGGGACAGAGAAAAGAGAGGAAGUGGAUUCUGUAUCUUGUCCUUGUUUUGGUGGAUUUUAUUGCUACUGUAGUUACUUUUAUCAUCGUUAAUUCUGUGGGUAAAUUAAAAUAUGCUCUCUUAACUUCCAAAAUUGAGAAUGCAAUCAAUUUAUUUAGACACGUUAGGGACACAAUGCACACUACAGACAGUUCUACGAUCUCUGUGCUUUGACAGAUCGUUGUCACUUUUUAAUCCUUCACGAUCUAAAAUCGUCAGAUCACAUGCCCCUAUUUCCACAUAUGAACAAGAGCACCAAUUAAAUACAGUUUUUUUCCUAUCCCCUUAUCUGCUACAUCUGCUGCUUCAUCCAACUUUUCCUGUGACAACCUGAAACAGCUGUUUGCAUUUUAAAAACAAAUGUUUUUCAUUCAUUCAUUUGUAUGUUGUAUAAUCUUCAUGUGCUACAAUAGCAAUAUAUUAAAUAAUGUUUUUAGGGCAGUAAUUACCUUAUUUAUAAUCAAUUAAUCAUAAAAUGACAUUUUGAGCUCCUAAGGUUUGUGUCGCUUUUGGUGCCCCUGUCAAAUCAAUUGUAGCUUAUGCUCUACUGCUUUGCUGACGCCUACCCUCUUGCACCGGUUUUAGGCAUUAAAAUCCAACAGUUUGUGUGUUUGCUUUAUUCUGUAGAUCUGCACAGAAGAGGCCAAAGAGUUUAUUUUGAAAAUGUUUCCCUCUGCACUCCAGUCAAGAGUCAGAAUUUCAUUUUCAAUCAGCUGAAGUGGAUUCAUGAGGAUUUACCGCUGAUUAAACUUUAAUUGUUGGUCCCAUGGUAGCUCUGCUGCUGCUGUAGUUUUUAAUUAUUUUGUUCUGUAUUUAACUUCACUAAUAGCUUCAGAGCUGGUUCAGCCAUAAUGUUAUAAUCAAGCAUUUGUGCAUAUUUACUCUGUUACCUUUCUUUACUCAUUUUAACCAUGUUUUUUCCCCCUCACAGGCGGAGAGACGGGCGUACAGAGAGGCAGAGAUGAACAUGAUGGAUGACCUAUCAGAGGGUGACUUCCAAAAAGAGGAGGAGCCUGCCAGCCCAGCCCCUCCCCCCUCACAACAACAUACAGACCCUGCCUCCCCGACGGUUGCAGUCACACCUGAGCCAGUUGCAAGGGGAGAGCAGGCCACACCAAGCGAGGUAGAAUACCAGGUAAAAUUAGCUUCUUCGAUCAGGAGAAAGAUUAAGACCCUGAGUGUGUUGAUCCAAAAUAAGCGAGUUUGCAGGAAUGAAAAAUUAUCAUGUCUUGGUGUUUUAUUUCAAAGGAUCAAUGGCCCAGUCAGCUGUCAGAGCUCCUAAAGGCUCAGAUAAGAAGCUCAGAGUCAAAACAGUCCUAGCAUGUUGAGUUGUGAACUUAACAAGACCUCUGAGGGUGGUCUGUGGUAUCUGGCACCUACACAUUCGCAGCAGAUCCUUUAAGGCUUGUAAGUUGUGAGGUGUGUCCUCCACUGUCUAACUCAUCCCACAGAUCCUCAAUUGGACUGAGAUCUGGGGAAUUUGAAGUCCCAGUCAACACACCUUGUGUACCCUCAGGCCACCUUCCUGCUUCACUCUGUGGUGGAUAGAGGUCAGCAUGAAGACCUGUGAUGCAGUGUGGGUUCUGACAGCUUUCUAUCAGAUCAAGGAGCUCCUCUUUUGGACAAGACCAGCUUUCAUGCCCCACACUCAUCAGUGAGUCUUGGCCUGUUGCACCCCUAAACCAGCUUAUGCAGACCUUGUGCACAGCUGCAGCUCCCAGCUGAGCAUCUCUGCUUCAGCCAGUUGUUUUGCAUUGAAACAAACGUUAAACUUGGUAUACCAGGCUGAUAGCUGAAUGCAGUAUGAGAGCCCACAUUGUUUAAGUCUGCCUGAUAGAGACUCAACCAUGUUAGGAGUGAUGAGGUCAGAGCCCUCAGGACGUUCUGCUGCUGAUGGAAUUAACAGUUUAAAGGGUGAAUGUGAUGUUUCGGAUUGAAUUUAGUUUUUUUUUCUUACAGAUUUAUUUUUUUUACAUCCAAACAGUUUUGCCUGUUACAGUUACAGUUUGAAACCUGUCAAUUCUACAUUUCCAUUUUUAUACAACCCUCUUUAUUGGCUCCACAAACUGUACAUUUGUGUGACAUUAAAUGGCUGUAAAAGACAGUACUAAUAAAUGUAAACUGACUUUUCUGCUCUUCCCGGUACUUUGAGGAACUUCACAGAUGCUAAAAUUUAGUAAUCCGGCGUUCAGGUUACUAGAUCCUACUAGAACUAUAGACAUUGCAAUACUUUAUAUCUGUGUCAAUUCUGGGGUUGUCAGAGUCUGAAACUACAGAGCUGACGUCUCGUUUCAGUUUUUUCUGAGGUUGGAAAUAGGAAUCAAAAGCAGGUUUUUGACUGCUGAGUUUUUAAACACAAGAACAUGUUCAGAACCGAGAAAUACAAGCGCCAUAAAAAAGUUUCGCUCUGUGGUGUAAUGGCAGGACGGUCGGGGUUUUAGCAUCGGCGCUCUGGUGUUCGGGAAGCUCCGCGGCUUUUCCUGGUGGCCUGGCAGAAUCGUCUCCUGGUUGAUGAGUGGCCGGAGUCGAGCUGCAGACGGGACUCGCUGGGUGAUGUGGUUUGGAGAUGGCAAGUUCUCUGUGGUGAGUAGUUUAACUGAGAAACCCCCUCUGAGGAACUAAACCAAAUACUGAUAUGACGUGUGUUCAAUCCCUGGCAGAGUUGCAUCUAAAAUUAGAGACAAAGUCCUUCCUUGAGGACAUGCAGAGAAAAAGAGACAGCUGUUGUUUUUAUGGCAGUGAUUUGAAGAUAGUCAUUUGACUUUAAUGUCUGUAUCAACAAUUGGAUUCAUUAUCCACUUUUCUGCUUUUGUAAGAAGCUGAAUAUUGUCCCACAUAAGCAGCCUGUUAGCUUUCCAAUAUUUUUAUGCCACAGUCAUCAGCUCCAUGUGUCUGCUGGUCUUGAUUCAACACUCCAUUAGUUCUUAGCAAAAACUUAAGCACCCGGAUUUGGACAACUCAUCCCUGUUCUUCAUCCUCUAGUUGAUGGAUAUCUGUCAGAUUAAACCCUCAGAUAUAUUUUUAUGUCCUCUAAAAAUGUCCAAACCUGUUUUGGCACAAAUGUAUCCCCUGAAAUCAGGACUUUUUAGAAUCUGUUAAGAAUCAAACAUUCAUUAUCUGCCUUCCUGGUGAUUUGACGACACUCAUGUGUUUUUGUUUCACAGGUUUGUGUGGAGAAGCUGAUGCCUCUGAGCUCCUUCUCAUCUGCCUUCCACCAGCCCACCUACAACAAACAGUCCAUGUACCGGAAAGCCAUCUUUGAGGCUUUGCAGGUAACAAAUCCACCACUUCAACCUUAGCGGGUGUGUGGUUCUUUGUUAAGUCUGAUGGCUUUUUUACUUUUGACUCAUUACACCUUCAAACUGUAAAUGCACAGGUCCAAAGGUCCAUUUUUUACUCACUCCUUUCUUAUGUAACAAGAUCUGCAGAGUUUGUCUGCAGGUAUGCAGUAUUUGUGGAGGAGUCACUCUCGUCUGGCUCUGCUUAUAAUUCAUACUUGGUGACAUGCAGGAAAAUUAGUUUCAAUCUCUUAUUUAUGUGGGUCAUUUUUCAAUCCAGGAAUGCUUCAUUUCUCUUGUUCAUAAUACAGAACACAUUCACUUUGUCUGUGGCGUCACACUGGGUUAUAAUUUGCUCAAACUUCCAUAAAUGUAAAAACAAGCUGUGAGGGAUUUGUCCACUAAAGCCUUCACAUAUUUCAUACUCGGCUUCUUUAUGUGCUGCCAUAAUGAGCCUAUUUAUCCUUCUUCAGUGACUCUGGGAGGAAUGUUGGAGACAACUUUUCCAUCAUUUUGGAGCUGAACUUUGUGUGUUUGUGUGUUUCUAUUGUGUGUAGGUGGCCAGUGUUCGGGCAGGGAAGCCAUUUCCUUCCUGCGAAGCAAGUGAUGAAGCUGAGGGGGUCGAGAUCCAAACCAGGCAGAUGAUUGAGUGGGCAAUGACCGGCUUCCUACCCAGUGGUCCUCAAUCCCUGGACCCUCCAGAGGGUAAAAAUGCUCUUAAUAAUAUCUGAUUCAAAGUGGUAAUUGGCUCAAACAAACACUGUGCAUCACUGACGACAUACACUGACGCCUUCCUCAUGAUGGAACAGGAGAAAUUCAGGAAAUGAGGAUGUUUUCAGAUUUCAUAACUGUGGGUUCUUAGUUCAUGUUUCUUUGGAGAGUCAGUAGACAUGAGAAUUAUGCUGGAAAAAAUGUGACUUUCUGCUUUGAGGAAACUCAAUAACCUCUCUCUUUUUCCUUGAACGCUGUACGAACAGACACUCUGUUAGAUUGUUUUUGCAAAAGCGAUUUCUUGAGCAAAAUAAAAAAUAAAUCGCCAACCUACUCAGACCUACUUCAAGAAGUGUCUGCACAAAGAUAUAUCUGCGUCAGACUUGGUGUUUUCUGAUAUGGACCAGUAUGAGAUCUAUUUUACUGAUCAUACAUACAGAAAGAAAUGCUCAAAAGAAGUAGAAACAGUGUUGUUCCUGAGUUUAUCCAGCAGAGGGUGCUCUAAAUUCAUUGUUUAUCAUACUCUCAACUAGGGCUGCACGAUUAAUUGAUUUUAAAUCGUAACCAGAUUAUUUGAUUUUGGCGAUGUUAAAAUAAUUUAAAUCAUCAAAUCGAUUUUCCUCUCUAUCAUGUCUCGUGCUUCCAGGCCACUGUAGGCUCCCCCUUCCUGUGGGAGCGCUCCCUAGUUCCCACACACGCCAGUGUUAACAAACAUGGCGUUUGCUAAAGAAGGCGAUUAUUUCGUGACUAAAAAAAGCAAGAGCAAGUCAGUCAUGUAGAAUUGGUACGGCUUUGCAGUUUCAGACGAAGAACAAACCAUUCCCUGCUGCAAAGUCUGUCUGAAAGCGGUAUCAACCCAUCCGUACAGAAACUAAUUCAGGAAUAAACGCAAUUUUUUUUGUCGUAUUGGCAUUUAAUCCACACAAAAACAGUGUUUAGGGUGACUGUAAACGGUACUUUUUGAAAACGGGUCAGAGAUUGUGUAAACCUGUAAAGGACUACCAUUUUAUCUCUGUGUGGAUGCCUACCUGCAUCUCUCUUGAAACGAUUAUGUGACACACAGCGCAACUCUUUUAUGGUGCCUCUGCAUGCCUGACCAAAACAAACUUUAUAUGCAUGCCCUGUACUCUUCUUCUGUCUUUAGUGCAUGUCCUCAGCAGUGUUACAGUGCCACUUACUGGCUUGGCAUAUGCACUACAUUGUUUUCAGUGGUUUCAUUUUGAGAGAUAAUAGGAAAACUUUUUAUUAAAGUAAAGUUUGAUGAAGUUGUCACUGAAUAAAAAAAUCUAAAUCAAAAAUUGAGUUUUCAGAGAAAAAAUCUGGAAUUUGUUUAUGGCCAAAAUCAUACAGCCCUACUCUCAGCACUGUGGAGCACAUGCAGCAGAGACUCAUAGCUGAGCAGACACUUCCCCACACUUUUAUUUUGUUAAAUACAUUUCACUAAAUCACAAUUUUCUACCUUGGCUGCUAGCUGUGACCAAGUUUUGUUCUGCUAAUUGUUUCUCAUGCAACAAAAGACUGAAGACUAGUGACUUUGUCUGGUCUACAGAAAGUUCAAUCACUAACUCCACAGCCUUACAAUAUUAAAAAUCACUAUCACUGUCGUUUAUCCCUAUAGGUGAACAAAAUUCAUACAAGGAAAUGUACCAAGAGAUGUGGGCAGAACCUGAGGCGGCGUACACGCCUCCACCUGCGAAGAAACCACGAAAGAACUCAACUGAAAAAGCAAAGAUCAGAGAGGUGAUCGACGAAGGGACCAGAGGUAAGCUGGAGCUGCUCAUACUCCAAAGAAACUCUGGACUCUGUAUUUAUUUGUUAGAAAAAGUCUGCAUGUGGAGGAGGAAGUGAGAUCUUCUCCUCUGAGAAAAUGUGGAAAUACAAAGAAAUAGGUUGAGAGCUGUGCUUUGGGUCAGUGUGGACAAGCAUUAGACAGGCUUAUACUGAAACAAAAGCCUGAAUUUCUCUUUUCCUGCUCAGACUGGGUCAUUAUUUGAAGCUUUGGGUACUAGCUGAUGUUGAACCUUUGAAGUGUGAGUAAAACAUUUAGAGUUUUGGCCAAUUCCAGUACAAAAGGUAAAAUGAGCUAAAAAAAAAUAAAAAAUAAGGCAGUUCUUCCUCAAAAGUGUAACAUCUAAGAUCUUGAGGUGGAUGACUUUUGGAAGCUACUGAAGAUUUAUUGAAAUUUGUGUAUUUCUACAAGUUCAGACUUGCAUGUUGAUGUUUUCUCUGUGUGUGUUUUGUUUCAGAAAGACUCAUAUAUGAGAUCAAAAAGAAGAUCAGGAACAUAGAAGGUAAAAGUUUAAUUUGUUGUCACUCUUCCUGAAAUGUGAUCUUUGAAUAAAGCAGUGAAAUAUUAAUUAUGUCUUCAACAUAGGGCGUGAAUUAUACAAAUGCCUUGUUUUCAUUAAUUGUAAGACAAGAUUGGGGCAGGACUCUUGCAGUUGUAAUACAUGCAGAAUGUAGUUUGGCAUUGUCUCUCUGAAAUAUGCAACAUCUUCUCUGAAAUUGGUCCAGAUUGCAGCAUAUAUUCCAAAAUCUGUGUACUUUUCAGCAUUAAAGGUACCUUCCCAAAUGUGUAAGCUAUGUAUUACUCAGAGGAGAGCAGAAGAUACAGUGACAAUAAUUUCCAAGAAGAAUGUCAAGUUUUGAUUUAUCAGAUCACAGGACAGUUCUCAACCUCACCUCAGUCCAUCCCAAAUGGUCUUGGGUCCUCGGUCAUGUUUGGAUAGAAUUUCUGGGGUAGCAUAAGCCCACAAUGGUGGAUGCAGCAUCAAACUGUGUUCAUAGAUAAUGGUUUUUGGGAGUUGUUUAAGCCCAUUCAGGGAUUUCCACUGCAGAGUUUGUCUGAUUUGACACAGUGCUGCCUAGGAGCCACAAGAUAAUGGACAUUCAUACUGGUUUUAAAGUCUUGUCCACGUUGCACACAGAUCCUCUGAAUCUUUUUUAUGAUAUCAUUAACUGUAAAUGAUGCACUUCCAUUUUUUUGCAGUUUUACACUGGAGUGCUAUUCUGAAAAUGUUAAUCUAAUUACACACAAACACUCAUCUUUCUUUCAGAGUGGCUCAGCCUCUCUUGAAUACCUUUUAUACACUUAGUAAAGUUAUUAACAGACACCAAAUCAACUGAAUUAGUCAGAAGAUGUUCCUUUUUUUCAACGUAACACCACUUUUACAGUGUUUUGCUUUCAUUUUUCUCAAAUUUUUGAAAGGUGUUGCUCCCAUCAAAUUCUUAACUAGCAUUUAUCUUUCAUAAAACAAUAACAUGAUUCAGUUUCAACAUCUAUCAUGUUGUCUUUGCUCUAGUUUAUAAGGUAGAUAUACAGUAUGAAUAUGAGAGUAAGUUUCCCCCUAUAAAAAAGUUGUGGUCCAUUUUGCACUGAUAGUAGGAUUAAUUCCUUUUUUUAGACAGGAUUUGGUGUCAUCCUCCAAAAAGCCAUCUUUAACAAAAUAUACUGAUGAUCAUUUACAUGUUUUAACUUUUGACAUAGAAAAACAGCAGGUCAGGGUCAUUUUUCAUUCAUUCUGCAUCAGUCAGGGAGUCCCACCAAAAUUACAUUGCUGAAACCGUAAAUCAAAUUUAGGGUUCACUCAGUUCUUCUCUCGCUCAGGGCCAAACAUCUCUGCAAUCCAAUUCUAGAUCUUGUUAACAUAUUGUGGCAUUUAGCCGAUUCAUUUAUGCAGCAAGAACAACAAUAAUCAUUCACUGAUGCUGUGGUGUAAGGGCCCAGGCAUCCAAAAUAGAUUAUGAGCCGAAAAGUAAAUAUAAAGUUACAAAUCACUGCGCCUGGCCAGGGGACUACUCAAUCUUUGUUACUGAUCAUACACACCAUCAAUCAAGGCUUACAAGCAGUAAAGUCCUACCUGCACCUUUGAAUUUGGUCUUAUAGAGCUGUGUCUUUUACACUUUUAUUGACUGCAUAUGUGUUUGUUCAGAUAUCUGCAUCUCCUGUGGAAGCCUUAACGUCUCUCUGGAGCAUCCUCUCUUCGGCGGAGCGAUGUGCCAGGGCUGCAAAGUAAGGCACUUUGCAGAAACCUGUUUCUGAGUUAGGCAAUAAUGUUGUAUGAUUAUAAUGGUAUAAUUGUAGAAUGAUGAUUUGAAAAUGAGGUAUUUUAAGGUUUAUUUAUGAAAGUUGCUCUUUGGCCACAUUUAGACUCUUAGAAAUCCUGCUGCUCCUGCUCCUGCUCCUGCUGCUACACCUAUGAUCACUUUUAGGGGGUUUACUGAUUAAAUAUGCAUUCAAAAAAAACACCCAGAUAUUAAAAUUUGUUGACAUAAUCUUACAAUAUACACAAUAUUGUUGAAGUCAGAGUUAAAAACAUGAACAUUUAAGGCAGUCAUAGAACUCACACAGUAUUCUGUAAAGGUUUUUAAAUGGAUUUUUGAUAUUGAUUUCAGGCAGCAUAUGACUGAAUGUAAACACAUGCACCAAAACACCCCUGUCCGCAGACUCAGACUGCAACACGUUCUAUUUUUAUGAGCUAACAGAGAGUUUAAAUUCCAGGUGCCUUUCUUCAAUCUUAAUUUACGUCUACUUGUUUCUGUUCACAGCACUAUCUUAGAAUUACAGGACCAAACAUUAGGCAUAAAUUUGCCUCUUUUGUCUAUUUUGAAAGCAUCAAAAAACAUUGCAAAGUGUUGGUUAAAUGCUGGUGAAGUUUGACACAGAUGCACAAAAACAAACUCAGCAAACACAACAAGAAACACAGGAUUUGAUCACAGAGGUUCUCUGCUCUGUAUCCCUCUCAGAACUCAUUCCUUGAGUGUGCGUACCAGUACGACGACGAUGGCUACCAGUCCUACUGCACCAUCUGCUGUGGAGGCAGGGAAGUGCUCAUGUGUGGAAACAACAACUGCUGUAGGUCAGUCUACUUCCAUUUUACACUGUCCAGGCUGGGAUUGACGAACAGCGGGCGCCUCUCUUUGUGGCCAGGGUGAAGUUUUAGAUUUCACAUCAGCAUAAGCAAUCCAACCAUAAACGUUGGAUGGAUAAAUGACUCUUUUUAUUGGCAGUUAAGUUAGCCAGCUAGUGUGGAGGAGAUUUACUUAUGCAGAUAGAAAGUUUAUUUUGGCUCCAAAACUCUGACUCAAUCACUGCAAAAAUCACAAGAGAUACUGAGAGUUAUGCUGAGCGGGAGAAAGAGGCAAAGUGACAGGGUGGAUUUAAUCUAGACUUAAAAGGUGUUUUAAAUAAUAUAUAUAUAUAAUAGAUUUAAUAGAUUUAAUAUCGACUUCAUCUACAGAAAGGGGCAAAGCCGCCUCUUUUGCCUGAGAAGACUCCAAUCAAUAGACAUCUGUAGUAAGACGCUGCAGAUGUUUUAUCAGUCUGUGGUGGCAAGUGUUCUGUUCUAUGCUGCAGUCUGCUGGGGAGGAAGCAUCAAACACAAAGAUGCAAGACGUCUUAACAAACUGGUGAAAAAGGCUGGCUCUGUGGUAGGACUCAAGCUGGACUCAGUGGAGGAUGUGGUGGAGAGAUCUACACUGAGGAAGGUGGAGACUAUUCUCAAGAACAUGGAUCACCCACUUCACAACACCUUGAUGGACCAAAGGGCCAAUGGUGGUGGACGGCUCCUCUCUCUUAGAAUAGAAUAGAAUAUUCCUUUAUUGAUCCCCCAUGGGGGAAAUUUUUUUGUCACAGCAGCAUCACAGACAAGGAGUGCAAAAAUGCAGUUAUAAAAAUAAAGAUCAUUAUAUUAAGAACUUAAAUAAAUGUAAUAAUUAAGAAAAAAUUUAGAAAAAGGAAAAAGGGAAAGAAAAAUAAAACUAUCUACAAUAUACACAAUUUAGAUGCCAGAAAAAAGUGGUGGUGUAAAUCCAGUUAUUAUUACAGUUCAUUGUAAAGUCUUAUUGCAGAGUGGAGGAAUGACCUGCGGUAGCGCUCCGUCCUGCAAGGUGGGAGUCUAAGUCUGCUGCUGAAGGAGCUGCCUAAAGCCCCCACAGUCUGGUGCAGUGGGUGAGAGGGAUUGUCCAUGAUGGAUACAAGCUUUGUUAACAUCCUCCUCUCACCCACCUCCUCCAGGGAGUCCAAAGAACAGUCCAGGACAGAACUGGCCCUCCUGACAACUCUGUUCAGUCUCUUCCUGUCCCUCUCGGUGCUCCCUGCCCCCCAGCAGACCACUGCAUAGAAAAGUGCAGAUGCUACCACAGAGUCAUAGAAAGUCCUGAGCAGAGUCCUGCACACUCCAAAGGACCUCAGUCUCCUCAGCAGGUGGAGACGUCUUUGGCCCUUCUUGUACAGAACAUCUGUGUUUGUUGACCAGUCCAGUUUGUUGUUGAGGUGGACACCCAGGAAUCUGUAGGACUCCACCAUCUCGAUGUCCAGACCCUGGAUGUUCACUGGAACAGUCUGAGGUGUCCCCCUCCUGCGGAAAUCCACAACCAUCUCCUUUGUCUUACUGGCGUUUAGCUGGAGGUGGUUUGUGCCACACCAGUUGACAAAGUCAGUGAUGACAGUCCUGUAGUUCCCGCUCAUCCCCUGACGAUACACAUCCGACGAUGGCUGUGUCAUCAGAGAACUUCUGGAGGUGACAGCUCCCAGAGUUGUAGCUGCAGGACAGAAAGAUUCAGAAAAUCUUUUGUACCAACAGCCAUCAGACUUUAUAACUCUUGUGUAAAUAGUAGAUAACUUUUAGAGACAUAUUAUGUGAGACAACAUACAUCUGAAUUUCCCUUUGGGGAUUAAAAAGAUUCUUCUUAUUCUUAUCUGUAAUGAGGAAAAUUCUGUGUUUAAGAUCAUUUGGAAUUAACAUACUUGUCACAAGUUAAACCCCAUAUGCAUUAACUUGUAAUUACCAUAUAACUUCUUUCAUUAAAUAUAAAAAAAACACUUUUUGAGUCACUUACUGUGUCUACAAAUAAGGGGAGUUUAUUCCUAAUAUGCAGAGAGAAUAUCUCCAAAACUGAGCCGUUAUCUAAGGAUGCUGACAGACUUUCUCAAGAUGUUGGCUUUGAUGGUUCUAGACAUGAUCUUGUUGGGUUUAUCUGUAGCGUGUAUGCCUAGAUUUGAAAUCUCAUGUUGGACAUGUUCAUUCGCUCUGUGGUUGCCCUUUGAAAAAGAAUGAUGGACAAUCAGAAAGUAAGCUGGCCAAAACAGGAAGCACAACAAACGCAACCAAAACUCCAUCGAUGAUAACAGAUGUUACCGGAAAUAGAAACACAUCUUUAAACCUUUUCCCUCUGUAUGCCCACCAAAAAAAGAUGGCAAUUAUAUUCAUAUCAGUGUAACUGAUGUUUGAAAUUUGAGGAUUUCACAAAAGUGCAACAGUUAAGGAAGCAUUCUUUAGGGAAACUUUGCAUCUUAUCUGUUUCAAAUCCUGUAGCAGGACAAACAUGAAUAUACUGAACCCACCAUGUCUCAUGAUUUCUGUGUGUGUGUGUAGGUGUUUCUGUGUGGAGUGUGUGGAUCUGCUGGUCGGAGCUGGUUCGGCAGCAGCAGCCAUCGAAGAAGACCCCUGGAACUGUUACAUGUGUGGCCCCCGGAGCACCUAUGGGUUACUGCGGCGACGAGAUGACUGGCCCAGCAGACUACAGCACUUCUUUGCCAACAACCACGAACAGGAAUUUGUAUGUAUUGAAUAAAUAAUAUAUAAAACAACAAAUACAGAAAGAAUACCUCCAAUUUGUAGCAUAUUAGUAACCAUCAGAAAGACUUGUGUAAAUCUGCUUUAGAUUGGAGUACAUGUUUUCUGAGACCUCUAACAUCUGACAUAUCUCAUUUCACCCCUAAGGACUAUUCCUCUCCUGAAUUCAGACUCCCUCUAAAACAUCUACAGUAUUAGACCAACCCUGAUUUCUCUCAUAGUAACUCAGAUACUUUUUUAUCAGUCCAGACAUGGUGCUGUAAGUAAAUCUGAUACAUCAGAAACCCUGUAUCUACUCUGCUGCCAUAGCCCUCCAAGACAUAUCGGCUAAGUUACAUCACAGUUAAAUAGAAUCAUUAAUGUGCUGGGGUUAAUGAGGCCUCUGCUUCAGGGCUUGUUACGCUUUAAUUAUCAAUGAAAGCUAAUACAGAUCAAAACAGAACAUGUUCACACUCAUUUAUUCCAGCUUUUAAAGCAGACAUUUAUCCAAAGACUGGCUCAUCAUCAUCAUCAUCAUCACUGCUCUCUGAUUUCUCUAUUCAGUCUGUCAUGUUAAGUAAGUUUUUGAUUUUGUUUUGUCAAUAUCUCAUCUUUCUCUUUUUAACUCUUUUUUUUUUUAGGAGCCAGCAAAGUUGUAUCCUCCAGUUGCUGCAGAAAAGAGACAACCAAUCCGAGUCCUCUCCCUGUUUGACGGCAUUGCCACAGGUACUCAGAGUAUGUUCAAGGUCACAGCUACAGAUUCAUUUCAUAAUCCAUUGUCCUGUUUCUCUGGUAGACAAUGUUGAUCAGUCAGAAAAACUAGCCCAGGUACUGUUUUUUGGACCAAGAGGCCAACCUUACUUUGUCAUCUACUUAACUUGAAAUGGGACCUAAAUUAAAUAAAGGAAGAAAAAGUUCGAACAAGUUAUUAAAAAUUUUAAGUCCUUAGAAAAAUGCUGGCUCAUGUAUAAUAUCAAGCAAAAAUUAGGGUCUUACUCAAACAUGUUUCCAUACGUCUGACUUAAUUUAACAACCCUAACUCUGAAAAAGUUUGAAGAGUUUGAGCCUAAGUGAUUCUGUAGUUUUGUAUGUUCACAGAUGGAGUUUGAUCACUCUGAUUGUUUCAUGGUUAAGUGUGUAUUUUUUUUGUAUUUUUGUAUACUCAGGUCUGCUGGUGCUGAAGGAUUUGGGCAUCCAAGUGGACAAAUACGUUGCGUCUGAGGUGUGCGAGGACUCUAUCACUGUCGGCAUGGUCCGACAUCAGGGUCGCAUCAUGUACGUUGGCGACGUUCGCAACAUAACACACAAACACGUGAGUGAAACUCCUGCUCUGCUGAUAAGAUUACCAACUUUCAUUAAAUUUACUGUCUCUUCUGAAGCACUUUUUUCCCAUCAGGUUGUGAACUCAUGUUGUUUUUCUGUGUUAGAUUGAGGAGUGGGGACCCUUCGACCUGGUGAUUGGGGGAAGCCCCUGCAACGACCUCUCCAUAGUCAACCCUGCAAGAAAAGGCCUCUUUGGUAACAUGAUUUCUUUAACUCUGGCUAGGUUUCAACAAAGUAUUUGAUUGUAGUUCGGGAGAUACAUUUCCAAAGAUAAGAGCCUGAAGGGAGCAUUUAAAAAAAGAAAAAAAAAGAAAAAUGCACCUCAGGGACUACAAAUCUUCAGGAGCCUACUUUACUGUCCUGUAAGAUAUAACUCUUUGUGAUGCAUUAUCUGGAGGCUGAACCUUCUCUCUCUCCUGCAGAGGGAACAGGGCGGUUGUUUUUUGAGUUUUACCGUCUGCUGCAUGAGGCCAGACCAAAGCUGGGCGAUGAGCGACCGUUCUUCUGGCUGUUUGAGAACGUGGUCGCCAUGGGAGUUAGUGACAAACGGGACAUCUCCCGCUUUUUAGAGGUACCCUGAAUGCACCAGCAGGGGAGCGAGUUUGAGACUCUUUAUUGGUCUAAGUUCUUCAGUUCUCCUCCUCAUUACAGUGCUUAAAGGGAUAUUCCUGCAUAAAUUUAAGUCAGGGUCAAACCCACCUUAACACCGAGUUAGACACCCCUUCAAGAGAUAAAUGUUGCCGAUUGCUUGCUUCUCUAGUUAUACCAACUUAGACCACACGAUAGCAAUACACAGCAGUCUAUGGCUCCAUGCACAAACCUCAACCAAAAAGCCACUCUAAAGCCACAAAUAAUGUUCAGAACAGCACCUACCUUCAUCAGCAGUAGGGUCCUAGCCACAGCACGAGCCACCAAACAUCUUUGUAGCUUUGCGCAAUUGCAGAGUGCAGUGGCGUUUCGCAGCUCAAGGAAGAACAUUACGAUUAUUAAUUGAUGAAAAUGCAAUCAGAAUUCUUGUGUAUCUUGUGUGUGCACUGUAGAUGCGGAAGUUCUUCUGCCGUAGCGUCUCAGUCUGAUUGCAUUGAUUGCAUUUACUUGAAGUAAUAAUCAUAAAUUUUUCGCUGCACUCAUGGCUCCCUCACAAACAAGCAGCUGCUGGAGGAGAGUGGGUGAGUUGUGUUUAGUCUCUUUGCUAAAGAAAUCAGACAAAGUUAAAAAGAUGUUUGAUGGCUAGCACUAUGGCUGGGAGCCUAUAUGUACUGUUGACGAAGUUAGGUGCUGUUCUGAGCAUUAUUUGUGGCUAUAGAGUGGCUUUUUGGUUGAGGUGUGUGCGUGGAGCCAUAGACCGCUGUGUAUUGUUAUCUUGCAGUUGUUACUAAAGUUGGUAUAAUUAGAAAAGCAACAUUCAUCUCUUGGAGGGGUGUCUAACUUAGUGUUACGGUGUUUUUGACCUUCACUUAAUUUUUAUGCCAGAAUAUACCUUUAAUAUUUAUUUUUCAUGAGCAGACAUUUCAGGAUUUAUAGUUUUAGAAAAGCUUUUUCUUGUAAUGUAAAACUCCUACUAUUUGAAUCAUGAAAGGAUAUGCUCACAGACCUACAGUUUUACAUUACCACGAACAAAAGAUGGUUAUAGUGACUGAGCUAAACUUAACCCUGCUGUUUUUCUUCAGUGUAAUCCCGUCAUGAUAGAUGCCAAGGAGGUGUCUGCUGCCCACCGUGCUCGCUAUUUCUGGGGAAACCUGCCGGGCAUGUCCAGGUGAUUUGAUCACAAGUUAAAUCUUCAUAAAUCAAAUGCUUAUAAAAGAACACUUCAGACCUUGUGCAGAUUAUUAAUUUCAUGUUUGUUUGGUUAUUUUUGGUCCGCCAUGUGUAAUCUCAGACCUCUAACACCCAUGGCGAACGACAAACUGGACCUACAGGAGUGUCUGGAGCAUGGACGCACAGCAAAGGUAUCUUUGCGAGUGUGUGUGUGUGUGUGUGUGUGUGUGUGUGUGUGUGUGUGUGUGUGUGAGAGAGAGAGAGAGAGAGAGAGAGAGUGUAUAUGUGAGUGUGUGUGCUCCUGAUCACUCGUACUUUACUUUUAGAGCAGUGGUGUGAAAGCUGAGCAAGGGGAGUCAAAUGUGGAAAGAAUUAAAAGUUAUGCUGUACUCUGUGUGAUCUUUGGAAAAAUGUUGAAUCGUUUGACCAAAGUCUGAAAAAUUCACUAAAGCUGAUAGAAAUGUUGUCAAUUACUGAAGUGAUGCGAAUUUAAAGGCAAUAGCUGGGAUGACUUUGAAUUGGAGAUAACAAUCAACUAAUAUAUGUUCCUCUUGUGAGCUCAUUAUUAAAGUACAGCAGAGGAAAUGCAUCUAUGUCACCGUUGAACCAUAAUAAAAGACAUUUCAAGACUUCCUCUUCAAGUAAAAAUAUUUAAUAAAGGCAUCCAAAUCUCAUGGAUGCACCUACAAAAACAAUCAAGUCUCCACCUUCAACAACACAUGAGUGUGGAUUUGUUAAAUAUAAUGUGUUGUAGUCAACCUUAGUCUGAAAUAUGAACAGUCAGGAGUCAAUACCCUCGCUCAGUUUUCACCACUGGUUGUCUUUAAAUCAUGAUGAAUCAUAAAAAGCUGCUUUUACAAAACAGCUGUAGGAUUAAAUAAGGAUCUGUGUGUGUGUGUGUGUGUGUGUUUGUUUGUUUGUUUGUGUGUGUGUCUGUCUGUGUUUGUGUGUGUGUUUUGCUCUGGAUGUUAAUUCCAGUUUGAGAAGUUGCGUACGAUAACGACACGCUCCAACUCUGUGAAGCAGGGGAAAGACGAGCACUUCCCCGUCUACAUGGACAACAAGGAGGACAUCCUUUGGUGUACCGAGAUGGAGAGGUACGCUGUUGUGUGUGUGUAGUUGUGUUUGUGUGAGUUCCUCUUACUUCGUUUUGUUGCUUGUUCAAAAUUUUACAAAUGGAGUAGUGGAGAAGUGCAUUUCUAGCCUUAUAGUAGUACUUGAUUUUGUGCUUUCUUAAUGUUUGAUUGACUCACACCCAUUUUCUUUAUGUCGUGUGUGUAUAACCUUGUUGUAGGUAACCUUAAUGUCCAAAAAAAACAGACGUUUCUGGAGCAACAGAUACAGUUUUUACUCCUAAAUUCGGACAAACAGCCUGAGAAAACAUGGAGAACUUCCCCCAAUUGAAAGGACAAAAAUAAUAAUAGUAGUAAUAAUAAUUUCUAGCUGCCUCCCAUUUGGUAAGCAAUGUAGUUUGAUCCACAUGUCUGCAGCAAUCUGCACGCUCCAAAACCGUCUUCUUCUGGGCUUUGGUGAUGCUGCUGCCCGCUGACAUCAGUCUGUGCUGAGCUUGUAGGUUGCUGCUUUAAUUUAAAAUACUUGGGCCAAAUAUUGUGAUUCAGUCUGGCACAAAAAACCUUCAAAGUUUGACUUGAAAUGGAGAAGUUCAACAGGUUUUCUUCAUGAAAUAUGCCAUCCAGUGCAGUGAUGAUGUUGUUGUUUUCCAGCAGAAAGCAGGAAGACACUCCGAUGCUUCAAGAUAGAGUAGGCAGGAUCUGAGGAUCUGCCAGUAUUUUGGCAGAAUCCUGCCUACCCCACCUUUAACAACAGUGUGCUUAAAGGGACAAAAUAGGGUGUAACUGUCAAAAAGAAGUAUUGAUUCCUGAUCUUUAUUGCAUUGGGAUUGACACAUUUAACACUGAUAGCCCCAGUUUAAAGGUGAGGGUUUGCACUUAGACGUGUUCCUGCACUUAUUCCAGCAAGAAAAACUGGAAAUAACAUCCUACAUGAAGUUCUUUGACGUUGGUCAGGUCCAAGAUUGUUUUUUUUAGCUAAGCUUAGGCUGUGAUUGGCAGCUGUUAACAUCACAGAGGAAUAAUUAACUCUUUAAUGUAUGAAAUAUGAGGAAGUGGUCUGUAAAGCACCAACGCAUAUGUCUUUGAUUGAGCUUCUUUCUUACUAACCUGGAGUCAAAACAUUCAAACUUAUGAUAGAAAAAGCAGGAAAGGGAAGAUUGUAUUGGUAAAUGUAAUGCUUUAGUGAUGCUUUGAACAAUAACUUAUAAUCUCUGUUUCAAUUCAUCACUAAUUGUUUGCUCCAGCUGUGUUGCAGAUGACUUUCAUCCUGUUCAAAGAGGAACUAAAAGUUAUGUGUGUGUGUGUGUGUGUGUGUGUGUGUGUGUGUGUGUGUUUCCAGGGUGUUUGGUUUCCCCGUCCACUACACCGAUGUUUCCAACAUGAGUCGUCUGGCCCGACAAAGGCUGCUGGGACGUUCCUGGAGUGUCCCCGUCAUCAGACACCUCUUCGCUCCGCUCAAGGAGUACUUUGCCUGCAACUAGUCACACACAGACACAGGCACACACACACACCACCAACCCUCUGUCUCUCCAACACACACAGAUAUAUACAUAUAUACACACACAGACACACACACGCACACACACACACACACACACACACACAGACAGACAAACAGACACACACACACACACACACAGUAAGUACAGUAAGUAAAGACAGACACACACAGGUUCCAGCGAGUACAUGAAGGUUGGCUGAUGCAGGAUGACAAAGACGACCGAACACACACACAUUUUAACAAACAAACACACACCCUGUAAAGGACUGCUUCCCUUGACCCCAUGUAGACCACUGGCUGACCUCAGUCCCCUGGUGCUACCUUGCAGAUAUCCAAACUUAGACACACUGGUGCAGAUCUCUGUACUGUAUUUCUUCACACACAAUCUUCCUGUCCAAUCUUGAAAAUGGUGUCUUCUGCAGCUGGAGACCAAAACCUCCAGAAGUCCAGACUUUCUGUUUGCAACAACACCCAAACACAACAACACACCAAGGAAUCUCUGAGAAGUGUAAACUAACGCUAACACUCUACUCAUGUGUAGUGACAGUGCUGACAGUGUUAAACAUGCAAUCAACACAGAUAUACAGACACACACACACACACACACACACACACGCACACACAGACACAGACACACACCCACACACACACCAGUUAAACGUUCAUGGUGCUGGUCAGGCAGUGACAGAGUCCAAAUGGUGCAACUUUAAUACAAUACUUUCACUGAUUUUGGUGCUCUUUGGGACUGAACGGACUCUGGACGAGGACUGAGUUCAACCAAAUGCUAAUGAGCAGGUGGAGGAAACACCGAGCAGGGGAGGCAGGCAAACUACAGGAAUAUUUCCUCUCUAUUAUAUCAAAUACAGCCAGGGUUAGGUUAGGCAUGAAGCCAAAACCGUUUGUUAAUGCUGCUCUGGAGGUAGAAAUGAUUUGAGUAACCAAAGAAAACCUUUUUGAUUCAUUUGUAAAUCUCAACAACGAGGACAUUUCUUCAUCUUUGCCCUUGCAUCUGCCCUGUGCUCAUUCCUUUUAAUGCCUUUAGAGGGACAAACUUAAUAAUGCUUGUAUCGCCUUGAGGUGUUAGCAAAACCAAGUUGCUCCACAUUCUGAUGUUCACUCCGUACCCUAAAUUAGACCAACAAUAACACAAAGAAAUAAACUCACAAAUAGCUCUGCUUUGACCAUAACUCUCUAAGGUUACACCAUCAAUAUCUAACUUUAUUCUUACAUAUUUGGCUUUUUCCACUGCCCAUUAAAUGGUACUUACAGAGGCUGCUUGAUUAUGGCAAAAAAUCUAAUCAACAUUAUUUUGGUUGAUAUUGAUAUCAGGAUUUUUUUAAAUCGAUGACUCAUGAAUUUACAUCAGUAUCAAACUUAUUUUUGCAACUUAAAAGCUCUUAAAUAACACUGUAAAAAACAGUUGAGCCAACCCUUAAUAAUUGCCUUAACAUGUCUGUGUGUCAAAUGAGAUGAUCUCGAUUUUUUAAAGGCAAAAGUCUUCACUUAACUAUUCACUUCACUUUAAGAGCUUUGGCUUAAUUUUGGUAGUAACACUCAUUAAAUCAAGUUAUUCUUACCCUAUUGUUAGUGAGUUUUUUUUACAGCUUACAUUUCUUAAAGGUUGCAGAUUUAACAACCUUUUCAAGUCUUUUCAAGAUUUUAUGUAGCUUUUAUUUGUGUAACGUUGUAUUUUAUUAUGAUGAAGAAUGAUGUCUGUCAUUUUUUCGCCUAGCAGUCAUUUGCUUGUGCACGUUUACGGUCACUACAUCCUCUCUUAUCGUGCUCAUGGCUUUUCAGAAACACACACACAGAUGUGCUCUCCUGUUCUCCCUGCUCUCCUCUCUCCACCUGUCGCUGCCUGAUAUUUUGUAUUGCUGUUGCACAACAUGUUAAAGAUAAAGCAGUCCAACAUUAAUCUUUGCAGGAGUCACAACAUCAAGCUGUUUUGGGUGAGGGGCUACACCAAGACCUGCUUUCAAAGAAGAGAAUGAGGGUGCACUUAAUUUAACAUAAAAUGCAAAAUAGGACAAUUUAUUACAAUUUAGAGAAUCUUUUAUGUACAGUGUAACCCUAAAGCAUUUUUUUCUUGUAAGUAAAGCAUUACAAAAAUGUUAAGAAAUGCACAUGCCAGUAAAAACUAUGAGCAGCAUACAUUUGCAUCAUUUUUGGAAUGCAGAUGCUUUCUUUCCCAAAUCCAUAAUUUUAGACAAGCAUAUAUAUAUAUAUAUAUAUAUAUAUAUAUAUAUAUAUAUAUAUAUAUAUAUACACAUAUACAUGCAAACACACACAUCUUUUUUUUAAGUUUUCCAUCCUUUAAUUUUUCUUUUCUAUUUAUCACUGCUGUAAAUUUGGAAUUUCCCCCUGUGGAAAUUAUAUAGGAAUAUCUUAUCUGUGUGUGUAUGUAUGUAUGAAUGAAUUCUUGUAUGUAAGUAUACACUAUGAAUUUUUUAUGCACCACAAUGAAAAGACAUUUUGAGUCAACACUGUGGUGAAAGGCACUAUCUAGGGGGCAGAAGCAGCACCAAGGCUAAACAUGCAAACUUGAUUUAUUCUACACAUUUUAUACACGAGCAUGAUUGAACGUAUUUAACAGGACCAUAAUGACAGAGCAACAUGAGAGCAGAUGAACAAGUUCAACUUUGAGGUUAGUUUAAUUUCUCUUCUAUGUUGAGUAUGCUGUGAAAAGUAGGACCUUUUUUUGCUUCAGUUAAAAAGCUGUCAGCAUCAGGAGCUCGUCUUAUAUCAUCUGGGAGAUUAUGGCAGCACUGUGUUGCGUGAUGAAACAAAGCUGUUUCACUGUGUUCUGUUCUAAACGGCUCAGAGAGAGAGAGAGACAGGACACAACAAGGACACACGCUCAUGUCAGGGUAGAACAAUCCUUUUUUGCCUACCACAGGAUUAAGGAAACAUCUACCAAAAAAAGACAGGAUAAAGUUGUUUUUAAAAAAACUUGGAGCUUACACAAAUGUAGAGCUGGAACUCCAAUAACAAUCAGACAUACACUCAUGUCAUGUUUCUUGGUGCGCUUUGGGAUUUUCAGGCAGUGAUUGAACAGAAAGGUUGGCUGAGCGAUUGAGGCUGUACUGAACAUGUAAUGCAUUGCACAUGUUCUAUUUGUUCUGCAUGUAUUACAGCUGCUAAAAGACUCUGAAAUGAGUCUGUGUUGAAACAGUUGCAAAUAAGAUGUCCUAUAUAACUGAACCAAACAUAAAAUAUGUAAUAUGUUCAUUUUAGUGAGAUGUAAAGAAAGAUGCCACUGUUAUAAGCUUAAAGUUGGCAUCUUUUUAAAUGACUUGCAGCUCUAAAAAUCAUCCUGCCAAGACGACAAGCACCACUGUGGUGUGAAGCAGUCUUUUCAUUCAGCAUGGUUAACUCUGGUGUGCCUUUGUUUAAUUUUUUAAAUGCACUCAUGAAAAGGAUAAGCGCUCGGUGAAGAAAUCCAUCUCAUUAGGCCCUUACAACAACAUUAAUGCUCUAAAGAUGAGUUACAGAACUAUCAUGUCCCCUAACACUUCAGGUUGAGAAGUUUUUUAAAGUUAGGCCAAUGACCCCGUCAGAGGCUAAACGAAAUGUGGAUUGGCACGAAUUUUGUGCGACAUGUUGUGAACUCAUUCUAGAGCUGUCAGGAGGAGAGAGGAGCAGGAGGAGGAUGGUGUGUGUCUGUAUAGGUGCUUACAUGCUGGCGUUUCCAAGCAAGAUCUUUAUGCCCUCGUUACAUCCUUGUCGCACUCAACAUUUUUUUCUUAUUAUUAGUUUUUCACAGAUUUAAGAGUUUUUAAGUGUUAAAGAGAUUUUAAAAGUGUGAAUGUGUGUGUAGCAUAUGUCAAAUCAUGAGUUUUUAUUAAUUGUGAUCUCAGUAUCAAUCAAGUAAUAAUGAUCAGGAUUUUUGCACGAGAUUUUUUAUAGCGCUUUAUCAGAGACCCUCAAUGCGCUUUAGACUGUAUAUACUAUGGACAACUUUGUUCCGCCUCCCGCCUGUAUACGGAUUUGAAGCCAAAAAGCUCUUGGUAUUUCCAGGAUUUUUCUUAAUUUCCUGAAACCAGCGCUGCACAGUAGCGUUGUGCGCAUUCAGCUGGAGAGUCGCUGUGAUGACGCUCGGCUCAAACAGCGUGAGCUACACAAUCCCUGAACGCCAAUAGGCUGUAUCAGGUGUCAAUCAAAGAAAACCUGAACCCUCUAAUAACUUUUAAAAAUGGAGCUUCACAGAAAAAAGAGGAUUUGAGCACAAACCAGUCUUACUGUAACUACAUGUCAACAUCACAUGCAGCGGGGAGAAAAAUGUAUGUUCUGUGUAAUCAAUUUCUAAAGUUUGUCCACAGCUCCAUAAGUUUUGCUGGCGGAGGCGGACUUGGAUUUGCAAUCAGUGUAAAAACCAAGACGUUUUUGGGAAGUCAUGCACUGAUAUAGUGUUCACUUACAUUGACAUUAGUGUUUGCAUCUGAGUUUGUGAAAAUUGUAUGGUUGAACAAACUCUAUUCAUAGCAAUUGAUCCCCCAGUUUUUGUGCCUAUUUUUAAAUACAGGUUCAAGCUCUUGAGAAUUCCCUAAGUAUUACAUUUAUAACUAACCAGUAUCUCAACAAGUACCCUCUCCAUCUAAAUGGUGAAAUCAUCUUUUUUCCUCUCAAAACUUAAUCUCCUUUCACCCAUCUCUACAUUUUAGAGAUAAAGAGAAACUGGAUUUCUUUACAUCCAAUUUGGCAAAACAAAAGAGGUUUCUGUCCCCAAAGAACCAGCUCCAAAACAAAAUCAAUCUUGGUGUAUUUCCUCUGAACCAUUUGAAGUCAUCCUUUGAGAUUAUUCCUCCCCCCAGAGCAGCUCUGCCUCUAAAUAUCAUUAACGGACUCUUUAGGAGUUUAUGUUCUCUCUCAGAGAGGCUUUUAAAUCAAAAGUGCAUCAGUGGGGAAUUAAGUCUGAAUCUUUGAAGUCACUUGACAGCUUCUUUUGUUGAUCCACCAAAAUUUUUUUUUUUCUUCAAUCACUGGUGCAAAAUUGAUCAGGAUGUUGUCAGGAGGACCCUCGUUAGAUGUGCUCCUCCUUUAUGUCAGGGAUCCUAAAUGUCCUCCUUUCAUCACUGUAACAUCAAACUAUGGUGCAAAUACACCCUUCAGUCUACCAGUCAGUGCUUUGCAGUUUUGCUUCUAUAAGUUGCUUCAGAGGGAUCCCAAAUCUCCAAGAGUUAUACUUGAUCUAUAGUUAGGUUGCAGUUUCCAGCUGUCCUGUAAAUCAGAACCUGAACUCUGCAGACACUGUCUGUUUUUUCAAAUAGCCCACUCAUGCAGAAACAGUCCUAAACAGACUUUAGUGUUUCUUCUGCCUUUUUGCCCAAUGCAUGCUGGGAUAAACUCAGCCGCUCUUUGACUUUGAGGUGGGAAUAAGCAGAGAAAGAUGAAUGAAGAUGUUUGAGAGACUCUGACACACACAGACACUUUUAGACAGGGCUGUCUUUAGAGAAAACAUCUCUGGUGCUUUUGGCCCUCAGGCGGCCAUCUCUUUCCGGGAAGCCUUCCGAUACUCUGACCUUCCUCAGAUACCAGCUAACGACUGGACACAUGCAAACACACACACACACACACACACACACACACACACACACACACACACACACACACACACACACACACACACACACACACUAACACACUAACACAUGCAAACAUGCAGUAUGAACGUGCACAAACAUUUACAAUAACCAACAAUAAACCAGCAGGUUCAAACUUUUUUCCAUCAUGUUUACUCUCUGUUUAUACAACCAACCUUCAGGUGCUUUUUAAACGUUGCUCUUUUUUACAGUGCGUUUGCAGGUUAAACACACACAUACACACAUUUGCUGGAAACACAGUGCCGACUCUCGCGCUUCUCUUUUCCUUACAACACAAACACAUACAUACAUACACACUGUGUUUUUGCCGGCCGCCUGUUUCCAUCAGGCUUCCCACGGUGCCGCAGGACGUGACAUCAUCAUCCCUGCGUUGCUUGGUGCUCCCAAAUAUCCCCCCCCCCCCCGUACCCAUACCCCUGACCCCUCCUGAGACCCUCCACUCCCCGACCCCGAGGUGCUGCAUGUCAGUCAGUCAGUGUAAUAUCCGAUUCCAUGUUAGAUUAGGGAGUGAUGAUCAUAAUAAUAAUGGUAAUAAUAAUGACAAUAAUAAUCUGUUAUUGUGUGUGUGUACUGUUCCAGGUUGGUGCUCAGUUCAGUUCAGUCUCAGCCCAGAAAGGAGAGAGAGAGGCUGGAGAAAGCUUAUAUUACAGUUAGUAUAGUGACUUGUUCUAUUGUACACAAGGAUGCCGCAAGAAAUUGUUGAAACGAUCAGCUUAAGGACGCUCCGAAACAUGAAUAUGCAAGCUGGAAUAACACUGACUGUGGAAGAGGCAAGUUGAUGCCUAACAGUACAUCAGUUACACUACAUGAAUAUGAUCUGAAUUUUAAAAUUAUCAAAUUACACAUAUAUGAAUAAAACCCUCUAUUUGAGCAUUCCUCCCUGGUGUCACUAAAAAGUAAAAGUAACUUUCAUUUUCUCAUUUGUGAGUAUAAACCAGUUCAACCUAAAGCUGCAGGGGAGUAAUGGACAGAUUUAAUUGGAUAAACUCAAUCUAGAGAAAAUUUGCCUAAAGCACUUGUGCAAAAACACAGCCCAUUGCAAAUUGAUGCAACAUUAAAAAAAAAAAAAAACACAAUGCAUGACUUGCAAACAAAAUUACAAGGCAGGUGUAGCCUCAUAAGAGUUAAUUAAAAAUAUUAAUCCAAACACACUAUACUGUAAAACAUAAUUAAUAUGGUAUAAAAGGCUGAAAAACAGUGUGAUUACAUUAUUGAAAAAUGCUUCAGAAAAGAAAAAUUUGAAAAAAAAAAAAAACAAAUAAAAAAAGAGCCAAAUGUGACGUUAAUAAAUGUCUUCUUUUGUUCAUCUCAAAACCCAGAAUAAGUUUAGCUGAUAACCAAUUAAUAGUUGGAAAUAUAUAUCAAUAUGCUACCUCUAGAAGCAGGAACUUGAACUUUUCGGAUUUACUAUAAAAAAAAAAAAACUUACAUGAAACAAUUUGUCAAACAGCAAACUUGUAGUUGAAGGUGAACCUCCUGUCAAAUGUUGAAAUGUCUGAUGAAAAAAUUGGUUCGGCUUCUGUCUAAUAGAGACACGAAAAUGUAGGAGGGAGGCAUUUUCAAAUUACAACCAGUAACAUGUUGAUCAUAAUGUGAUUUAGACCCAAAAUCAACUCUACUGUUUUUUUCCUUUCUGGUACACUGUAGUUUAGCUGUUGUUUAAGGCAGUGGGCUCUAUUUUCAUGCUCUGCCAGAUACAUGGUGCCACCUCUGGUGGCUCAGUUGAUAAGUGAAAAGUGAGAUGUGCUCUGUGUCAGUCAGGACUGAGAUAUCACAUAUCAAGUACUUUAAGUUGAAGCUCGGACUCAGUGCCGAGCAUACAGGUGCAACUUUUAUCAGACUGAUGUCAGCGGGCAACCGCAUCACAAAAGCCAGCAGUGGAUUAUUUUAGAGUGUGUGAUGUGCCACAAACCUGUAAAUCAAACUUUCUGGAGCUGUUGCGAAUCUCUAAAUCACACUGGUGCAGCUUUUAAAAAAAUUAAUCUUAAAUUCCUUAUUAUUUAGAAAGUUAGACACUGGAAGAGAAUAGUUUCACAUUGUUAAUAUGAACUUAAAAACUGUUUUAAAAAAAUACAUAGAAAUGGAAUUUUACAUGUGCGAUUAAAAUGGAAGUAAUCACAACUGGGUGAUUCAUCCUACAUUUUUUGCUGAACUAGCUUUAGUUUAGGAGACAUGACAUAAUCUGAGCUGUUUUAGUGCCCACAAGCUUACUUUCAAAGAGAUCUGCACAAAGAGAAUUGGCCUUGUCCAGACUACUUAUGAUGAUGUAAUACGACAAGAUGAAUACCUGAUAAAUUAACAUGUUAGGUGUUAAGAAAUGUAAAUACAUGCUCUGAAGCACUUGUUUGUAAAGAUGAACAUCAGAUGACUUUCUCAAGUGCAUUUCCUCACUGAUAGAUUCCAUGAAAUCCUAUACACUGCCCUUUAAAAGUGUGCUGUAGUAAAUGCUGAAUUUGUGCCUGUGUCUGUUCCUCACGGUGUUGUUUCAGCUUGUUUCUGUUUCAGAGCACAGUCAGACAAAAGUGUGAGGGACAGAGUUGAUAUUUUAGCUUGGUGGGUAAAACGGUGAUGAUGUUUCUGUUCGCCUAUCGACAGCUUCCAGGCUGAGUGACGCGUUAUUUUCAACACUUAUAAAACACACAAACACAAACACACACACACGACACUGUUUUAAACACACACAGAGAUACAUGCACACAACAUCAACACAAAAAGCUGUGGCGCAUUCAGACACUCAUCUCAUGGACUAAAUGAAAGAUGAGCUUUUAGGAAAAAGGAGGACCUGUUGGUGUUUCAAAAAGGUGCUAAAAUUUUAUCUGAAAAUAAGAAAAAUAUAUUGUUAGGAGUAUAAAUCAAGUUUGUCUUUACAAUGACUGUAUUUAAGUUUGUCGUAGUAAUGAAGAGGCACUAUUAUUAUUUUACUCUUGUAUGAAUAUGAACUAAUUAAAAGGCAUUUUAACUUUGUACUUGAACUAUGUAAGAAAUGAACCGUGAAUAAAAAAAGAGACUGUUUCUUGUGAUUUUGCCUGAAG